AGUGAGCCAGCCAGCUCAGCCAGCCAGUGUGCCGCCUGCCUGCCUGCCUCUGUGAACGCAGCCCCAGAGCACCCUCAGGCGCAGAAAGGUAAUACAGCUGUCAAAAUUCAGAGGAAUAAAACUGGAUUAUUGGGGUCGUUGACGGUUGAAUCUCUUCUUCGGCUCGGAGGAAGAAGUCAAGCCGCAGUCAUGCUGUCAUAGUCGGUGCAGGCAGAGCUUCAAACCGCCGGCGUUCAUCACAACCGAGGUAAAGUUGUGCGCACAACUUGUUCACUUCACUAUCCUCUCUUCCUUUCUCUGUCUUCUCUCAGAGGGAUAACCGCGUUUUUACCCCCAUUUAAUCUGAUUCUCAAAGCUCACGAACAGAGUUCAGGAUGCCUUAAGACCCUAAAACAGAGAGUACAGCGAGCAUGGUGACUAUUUCGAUUAGCUGUGCAACAGUGUGAUUGCGGAUGCCGACUGUCAUGACAGCCUGGACUCGUUUACUCAAGUUUCAUGAGUUUUGUGUUCAGAUAGGAAGCUAUGCACAUUUUAGUGUGGAAAUACCAAAAUAAUUAAUCACGUUUAAGUCAUUAUUUAAAACGCUGCCAUGGCUCUGAGUUAGUUUUCAUGCUAAAGCGAGCUCAAUGAGAGAGGCAGUGCAUCACAAACAGGCAGAUAACCCUGACAAAGUAAAAGUGCUAGCUUUUAGUUUCAGCCUCAACAGACAUGACCUGUUGCAGGUGCACAAACCUUCCUCGUAGCUGAAUCAUUAACCCACUAUUUGGAAGUUACAAUACAAACAGGUUACUGUUACGUCAAACAAAAUGAUUCCCCGCUGCUUUUUAUGCAAAUCUAAGACAGUAAGCAGGCUGUGGUAUCUGUGUAGUCUCAGCCUCAUGGGGAGGAAGCCUAUUGUUUCAGAAGUAGCUGUAGUACACUCUGUAGCUGCAAGAAUUAGAUAUAAAGUGUCAGAUGAAUCCUAAAACGAUUAAAUCCUUUUUUUAAACUUCUACAUAGUUGAAGCUUAAUUGAUAUUAUAUGUUGAAAUUAUUUGAUUAGGGGAGAGUGGGCUAAGUUGAGCCAAAGGGUAAGUUAAUCCACCCCCUGUUGCUUGGAAAUGGUAAUAAAAAAUUGAUCAUGUGACCAAAUAUUUAGGAGAUGGGCAUCAAUUCAUGGAGUCUGUGAAGGUUAGAAGCACAUGGGUGAAGGGGUUAGACAUUUAUUUCCAAAAAAACAUACAAACAAACAAAAAAACAUUUUUCACUCUUGAAAGUGAAUUUAGUCUGUCAUAAGUUUUAUUAGAAUUGUAUUCAGACCAAAAAAGAUCAUCUGAAAUUUGUUUUAUGCAUCAAUUGUGAUAUCUAUGAGCUACAACAUGAGGUCAAAAACCAAGCAUAAAAGUCCACCAUUUUAGCUUAGAGGACUAAUAAAGUCACAAUAGUAGUUCUGGGGUAAGUUGAGCCAAGAAAGUAAAGGAGUCUGAUGAGAGGAUCAGAGUUUCAGUUCAGAUUGUUGAAAUGUUUUACUUUUUUUUUUUUCAAAAAUACAGCUGUGAAUGUUCUGAAUCACUUAAAGACAUUCUCAUGUUAAAAUGACUUUUUACAAAACAGCUUUUUAACAGUUAUAUGCAAUAAUAACAGGAAGAAUUAUUGUAUCAGUUAAAUAGCAUAUAAUAGAUUAAAAAACACAUAAAUGUGAGGAAGUGACUGUUAUUUAGGGAGAGAGAAGGUGAGGGAGGGCUGGGGUGGAGAGAGAGGGGGUGGUAGGGAUAUUGCUCAACUUACCCCGCUCCUAUAGUCAACUUACCCCAUACACGGGGUAAGUUGACCAUAGGAGACCACUUUUUUUGUCAUGCUAUAUUAUCAAGACAGUUCUGUUUACACUCAUUCUGUUGUUUUGCAGGGAUGCACAACAUCUUGAAAUAUAUGCAGAUACACUAGUUAGAGACAAAACUAGGAUUGCCUUGAUGUAGUGAUCUGAAAUAUGAAAAAUGGCUCAUCUUACCCCACUCUCCCCUAUACUGAAUUCAAAAUGAAGAUGCCUCUGCUGUCAAUCUUUAUGUUGAUAUAAAAUGUCAUUUGGAAAAUCAAAUCAGUCUGUCUUGUGCAAGUGACCUAUUUGUGACCCUUUCCUCUGUUGUAGGUGUUCCCUGUGUGUGUCAAACAUGUCAGACAAGAUGUCCAGCUUCCUGCACAUUGGGGACAUCUGUUCCCUGUAUGCAGAGGGAUCCACCAACGGUUUCAUCAGCACCCUGGGGUAUGCCCACCCAUCUUACAUUGAGUCUGUUGGCCUGCCUCACACUUUUCUCUGCUCUAAUGCAAGUCUUGAGGGGUUUCGAAAGGAGGAAGUCACACUAGUCUAGGCAACAGUGUUUAACCCUCUUUAGAAAGUUUUGUUUUAGAGAAACUGAUUUUUGUGCCAUGAUGGAGAAUUUCCUUUUUCUUAAAUCUAUUAUGUGUCACUGGUGACAAAAUUUGGACUAUGUCAAGAACUAGAGACAAAUAGAUGUUACCCUCAGCAGUCUAUCUCUUAGAACAGAGCUGUGGGAACUGUUGGAGGCCCUUUGAAGUGGCCCCUUUGUGGCCAUGGUUGACCCGACCGCUGAUAGUACUCAGAAAAAAGGAAAUGUAGAGGGGGUAGACUGCAAGAUAAUGAUAACGUGUGUGUAUGUUUGUGAGAGUGUUGCAGGAGAGAAUGAGGGGAGACAUGCACAAUAUAUACGUAAACAUGGCUGUAAGAAAUUGCACCAAUGCUUUGUUAGUAGAUAUUUCAAAGAAAGUGCAGCAUACUCUACAGCAGUAAUACUGUUAGUACUAUCACCGGACCUCCCCCUCUGCUCAUGAAAAAUGGAAUGACCUGCAGCAAAGACUGAGUCACUGUAGAGAUAUUGUGGCCUUUUCUCGAGUUCCAUUGCUUUCGACCUAAAAACACACACAGUCUCUUUCACACACACACACACACACACACACACACACACACACACACACACACACACACACACACACACACACACACACACACACACACACACACAUACAAGGAUACAAGGGCACAUAUUCACUAAACUGUCAUGACAGUUUUGGCUGGUCGCCAUAAUCUCCACGCACAACCACCAACUCAGCACCCUUCCCCAGAUCCCUUCUGGAGGAAGAAACCGUAAUGAGAAUACUGAACAGAGGGAGAAACUCUUUUAUUGUUGUAACGGCUCAGACCGAGCCACAUUCCCGGCUAGUUUGAUGCCAAAAGGAUAGAGGAGUCCAUUAGCGAGUCAGCUGUUAAAAAUGUCAAAAAUGCUGCUCCCUACAAUUCAGCAAGACCUGUCCUGUUUGACCAAAUGUUUAACUUCUAAACUUAUGUUAAUGACUGACCAUUCCAGCAGGGACAGCACAUGCAAAUGCAGAUAACUGCACACGUCGGCAACUCAAUUUCUAUUUUAUGCUGCAGAUGUUUUUUUCUUUCAUUUUAAGUCCGCAGCCUUUUUGUCCUCGAGGUGUAUGUACUGAAUGAGCAGACUGGUAUGUUUGGACAACUGUACACAUUCCCCAGGAAAAGGACUGAAAUGAAUGUGGGAUCUGGCCCAAGUCCAGACAAGUGUUAUUCUAAGCAAGUAAAAGCUAAAAAUGUCACCAGAAAGUCCAGUCUGCCUACACAUCAUGUAACCCAGAAUGAUUUCAUUACUGUGCAGAGUAGGAGACCAAAAUGUGAGAGCUCUCCAUGCAAAUAGGCAACAGCUUUUCUGGUCACACUCGUUUAUUUUUGGCCACUGCUAUUUCAGUCUUAUACAAACAAGUUUACAUACAAACUCCUUCCAAAAACAAUACAUCUCCAUUAAACAACCCCAGUUUUGGUCAUCACUUGAUCUGACAGGUUAUUUAUCAAGAAGGGUUUAUGUAAGUAAAGUAAUUGUAAGUAAAGUAUUUGGACCUUAUGUUUUGGUCCUAAUAUGAGACACGGUACAUUUUAAAAUUAAAUAGCCUACAGAGUCAAAGGUGACAUCUUUAAGUACUUUUUUAAUGACUCCUAACAGGGAAAAACUUUAAGACUUUAAGACUCAAAAAUCAUGUAUUCACAUUCAAAACCUGAAGUAAUUGAAUAGAAGACUAUCUGAGAACAUCUUCAGGGCUUGACACUAACUUUUUUCACAAGGAGCACAUGUGCUCUGAAGUUGAAAAAGCAAGGAGCACACAAAGAACUUUAGGGGCACAAUAAAAAGUGAUCAAAUAAUGUGUGUCUUACUGGUCGACAUAAGUACUAUUAUUUGAAAUCAAUUUUAGGUCUUUUGGUCACAUGACAUGGAAGCUAUUGAAAAAAAGAGCCUUUUGAGAGAAGACACAGCUGAUCUGCAGUGAAUGUCCGUCAGAUAUCCAAUAUUUACAUGAAAAUACAUUCAUUGCCUCGGCUAACUUUUUUUUUAUGUGCAAGUGCCCCUAAAUACAUUUUACAAUUUGCACACAUCUAUUUUUGGAUUUUUUUUUUCAAAUGCCAGUGAAAUGGUCGCACUGUCGAGCCCUUAUCUUUAAAAAAGAUUUUUCUAUCACUUUAUUCUAUUCAUCUUUAUGUGGAUACUGUCAUUGACUUUCACUGACUGUGUCAGCUCCUGAACAAAUAGGAAAAAUAUCUUUGCAUACUCCAGCCCUGCCUCAUUAAAAAAAAAACAUGUCAGCUGCCUGCACCAUCAGUGAUCAUAAAUAAUGUACUUGCAAAAGUUUAAACAGUGCAACAAACAAAAAGAAAACAUAAAGCACAGGUCGACUUGUUACUGCAGGUAAUGAUGUUUUUGUGUGUGUGUUUUCAUAGAUUGGUGGAUGAUCGCUGUGUGGUCCAGCCUGAUGCAGGGGACCUCAACAACCCUCCAAAAAAGUUCAGAGGUAAGAUACACAGAGAGUGGACUCCUGAGGCCUGACAUCAUCACUCUAAAUGCUGUCUGUUUACGCUUAGAGGGGCUCUGCUGAGAGUGUUAUGCUGUUUCUUUGGUGACAACCACAAUAUCUCUACCCACAUGACUUCAAAGAGGGGCUGCUUUGGACAGUGUUAACGGGGAAGUGUGUGUGUGUGUGUGUGUGUGUGUGUGUGUGUGUGUGUGUGUGUGUGUGUGUGUGUGUGUGUGUGUACCUGCAUGCAUGUGUUGAUAGAUCUAUGCACUUGCUUGUCUGUGGAGGUAGAGGCAUAUGAGAGAGGAAGGGGUGAGCCAUGGUGUGGAUUGCUGGAGAAAAUAACACUUGAAGUACUUCUUAGGAGAAAAAGAGGUUGUCUUGAGUUGUGUCUUUGGAUGAACCAGCUAUUUUUGGCUCCCAUACAGGAAGUGUGACCCUCGGUUCUCAGGCUGGGCGUAUAUAUCUCUCGGGAGAAGAAGCCUGGGCCAACGCUGUACAGAAAACAUGAGUGUAGUGAAGUCUUGGGAAGUUGAUUUUAUACAGGUUGCUGUGCAGAACACGAUGAUACACAAAGCAUUAUAUUUCUUGGUCACUACUGAAGAGGAAGUUGACUGAGAAAUCACUGGAUGUCUGUUUAGAUGUUGAUCUGUUUCUGUCUGUGUUGCCUCCUCUGUUUCUCUCUUCCAUGGUGUCUCACCUUAGCAGGUUGCAACAGGUGACUGUACAUCAGUGAGUCCGGUCCUACUUGAGGGGUUUGCUUGUUAAAAUAAAGUUAUGUGAAUUAUUUCUGGUUCUAUCUAAAUAAGCUUCAGCAAAGAGCACUAUCUCUACCUGCUCCUGAAGUGGAGUGAGAUGGGAUAACUUUUGAUGUGACUAGAAAUAAGAUCGAUUGAUUAUUGGUCUCUUAGUUGGUAAAUCAUGCCUGCAGUUCUGAGUUGGCAAUUUUUAUAGUAUUUUAUGGCUCUCGAGCUCUCUAACCAGUUGGCCUCUGCAAUUGUAAGAAAGUAAAUUUAAACCUCAUUUUCAGCUUGUAGUUUAUCAUUCCACACUAAUGCUCACCCCAGGGUGCUAUCUGCUGUCUCAAGUGUACAAAAAGGUUGCUCCAUAUUUAGCAAGUAGAAAUCUUUGAUCUGAGCGGCGCUUAUGCAGCGGGUCUCUUCAGCGAGUCUCUGGUGUUCAACAACAGACCCCUCCCCCCUUGCAGAUGGAUGAGUCUUUAGCUGCAGCAACAUUAAGUAUGAGUUUCACAGUUGUGUGUUUGUUGCGUUUUAUGUUUCGACAACUUUCCUCUUAAUGUCAUGGAUCUGGUAAGAGAUCUUGGAUUCAGUUACCAACAUAAAUGACCAUCCAACCAACCAUAAUGACUAGUCAUCCAAGGAUAAACAUCAUAGUGUUUGACUGUCUGUGAAACAGGCUAUGAUUUGCUGUAUCAACUGGUACAGUAGCAUUUGUGUGAAUCCACUGAUCAUGAGAGAAAUCUCUGUGUUGACUGAGAUUAAAACGUGCUGCUCUUUUUUUAAUCUGUUUUGAGUCUGCUGUUUUACUUUUUCCAAAUUUUAUUUUAAUUAUGUCAUUGUAGUUUAAAUCUGCCUAUCAGCUCACUUAUACAAGAAGACUACUGCUAAUCACUUGGCCUUAUUUUAUCUUCAGUCCUCCCACACUUUGUUUUUUUUCCUUGACGCACUUAUAAAACUCAUCACAAGAUCAGGGCAGUGAGAGGAAAAGCCUUGUUCUAAAUCUGACUGAGGACAUUUCCACGCCUGAUAUGAAAUAACUAUUGGAUGCUUUCAGUUUUGUUUAAGAUAUCUGUGUGAAGAAAAACUGUGGUUAAGCUGUUUCUUCAAAACCUUUUUUUUUUUGUAGUAAUUUUACAUUAGUCUUUAAAAGGAUGCAUGAUUCUUCACUGUGAGUGCUGUUUAAAUGGCUUUGGUAACUCCUUAACCAUGUCAGCUGGUCAUGACUGAAAAAGGCCUUCAUGUCACUGUGGGAGGCCUCUUGACCUACCAGAAGGCAGAAGGAUAUGAAUAAAGGCACUGCAUGAUCGCAUAGAAAAGGAGUGGUAUAAGAGGUUGAAGUGAUUAAAGCGUGUGGCUGCAUAAUAGCAGGGGUCGAGAACUAUUAUUACUGUUAAUGGUAUUCAGCAUUUUGCCAGUUACCUCUGUGGGCAUUUUACUUUACUGAUCGCUGAUUAAAUUAAUAAAUGAAUUAAAAGUGAGUUUCUUUGGUUUCAAAUGAUGCACAGCCUUUAGAGGUAAAAACUCGCGGCCAUUACUUUUGUACAUGUUCAUAUCUAGUAAUAAGCUCUGUACUCAUGAUAGGGAGUGCCACUUGGCAUGUGCAGCUUGUGUCUCUGAUGAACCUUUAUCAAGUCUGACAAAAUGAUCCUGGAAAAUCCUGUCAGGAUUUUAUCUUGGACUAGGGGACUUAGGAAACUUAGAGAAGACAGUGUACAACACCAAGUGUAGAUGUGUGAAGAUAUGUGGCCUCAUAAAGGCAGGGAGGGUCUGAUGAAAACAUAUUUGUGGUAGCUUUAUUGGAAAUGUUGACUCUAGUGUUAACCCCAUCCGGGGACUAAAAGCAAAGACUUAAUAGAAUACUUACAUUUGGCCACAGUGACUUAGCCAGUUAGAUGGCUAGCAUUAGUUUGUCAGGUAGAUGGUCAGGUUCUGUGAAAAAAAGAAGAGAAAGAAGAGGAGUCUUAAUCACUGCAGUGUGCUGGUCUCUGUAGGGAAACGUCAAACCGACCACAGCCUCAUGCAUGGGCUGGUACAAAUUAAUCACAUGGUGGUAAAAAUGGAAAUAAUGGCAAAGAGGGGGCUGUCCAGGCUUGUCCGGCUUCGUGUGGGGAAGUUUAUAAAAUCCUUCAAAUGUCUGUGAUUUUGUACAAGAGUUUCGAAUUUGUGUCAUGUGGACUUACUGAGUCAGGAGUGCGUAAAAAACACUCGAUCCGACCCGGAAAACUCAAAAUUAACUUUGUGCAACUCUGUGACUCCGCCCCCGUGUAGUUGUGUCCUCUUUGUGGCAAGUCAGAAUAUGGUCACCCUAUUUUAAAUAGAAUUUUAAAUCUGCAUCAGCUGACUGGUUUAGUGGUGAGAAAAUGUGAAGAAAACGAUCAAAAUUGUGGCUAAGGUUAGCAGAGCUAGCACCUCCAAACUUCAGUCUUCUUCGCAGGUUACACAUUGCUCCAGUCAAGCGGUUCUCUACCAGUGUAACUAGACACAACCUACAUAUACAACCUUAAUUCAAAUUUCCAUAUCAAAGCACUCUCCAGCCUUCAAAUGGAUAGCAUCACCCUGUAUUCUGUAGCUUUAUUACUCAGUAACUUUCUGUAGCCUUACAACCUUGCAGACUGUUGUACCCAAAACAAACAAACAAAAAACAGGUCAUUUCGUCUUUGAAUAUCUUUAAACACAGAUUGAUGCAUGUUUUUAUUUCUUCUUCAAAUUUCUUUUUUAACUUCUGGUUUGAGUUCUCCACACAUCCCUAAGCUAACACUCAUCAGGUCCUCCUCAUUAUUUUGAGUCCACCAGUGGCCUGAGAGGGCCACAAAUGUUUAAAGAUAAUUCUUCAUAGUGGACUCCAGAGCCAGACUAGCCAUGUCCACAGUAAGGACCGUGUGCUGUCACUGCUGAGGUAUGCUCAACAUUUCCAACCUCAUGUAAACAUGAGCAUCCUCCACACAGUCACAUUCUCACUCAUCUCUCCUGAGUGCAUAGUCUGAGACGACAAGAGGCAGGAGCUUUGUAUCACGACUGAUCUUCAUUUGAAAUAUAUAUACACACACACCUACACACUCAGAUAGUGUACUGAGUUCAGCAGAAUAUACUCUGCAGCAGUCAGCCAAGAAUGCACUGUAACAAUACUGUGUGUACAUAAAAUAGUUCAUCCCUGGAUUCUUUGGUGAUUUCAGUGUUACACAGAGUUGUUUAGGUGCUGAAACUGUUGUCUGACAUAGUUUCCACGAUGACAGCUGUUUUUGCCUUGUAAUGAGGUUGUUGAAGCCAUUGUUCAAGAGACCACUUUUAAUGCUGCUACAAAAGACGUCAAAAUAGUAAUUACUGUAAAAAGCAGUUUAAUAUUGAAAUAUUGAAAACCACUUCCUUGAAGAACUAAAGAAUAUUUUAAAGGUAGCAUUGAAGCUUCAUGGAUGUGAUGAAGGCUCAGAAACCUGAAACAAAAGUCAGAAUAUUGCUGCUUUCCUUGGAAAUCGGAUGUCAGAGCUGGGAAUGACGCUACACCUGAGUUGACCGCGACUCAGUUAACAAGUUGGAAAACCAAGAUGGACGCCUAGAGUUACGCGUUGUUAGCUGUUGUUUACAAUUGUCAGUUGUCAUUGGCCAUUGUUGGUUGCUGUUAGCAGUUGUCAGCUGUUGUCAGCGGUUGUUAGUUGUUGUUAGCUAUACCAGUUGUAAACAACGCACAACACAGUAUUUUACUCUACAAAUACCAUUGCGCCGUGUUCACAGUUAGAUGUUGGGCAGCAAAACAUAUAUCACUUUUUUAAUUUCUCAAAAACGAAACAGAAGUGCCAAUAAAUAAUACAUUAUGAGAGCUUUUAAUGUUACUCUGUGCUGUUGAUGCACUGUGCUGCCAUCUUGAAUUAUGACGUUGUCGUCAAGUCCGGGUUGGCAAGGAUCGUCAGACUUUAUGAGUCGGAAACCCAACUUCAGAGUACCACUGAAACGCAGCAUAUGAAGGCACUUUUUAAAUAUUAUUAUAUUCUGACUAUGCUGAGUGCUGUUUAAAUACUUCUAUGACCCAGUCUGUUUAAGUAGAAAGGCUGAGAUCAACAAUGUAAUGAGUGGUGUGUCUGCUUGUAAGUGCACCUGACUCUUUAAGUGAAUGAAAGCACACACUAAUUGGUUUAAUGUUUGUUACACCCAAAGCACACCUUGAAUAGUCAAGGGACUGAAUCCAACCUCUCUUGGCCUUGCCCUGCACUUAGUGCCCAGAUUGGAUGAUACACAAUGAGCCAAAUGUAGUCAGACAUGCUCUCAUUCACUUUGCCCAUUUGCUGCUGUUAUUCCUUUUAGAUUGUUUAGAUAGAGCUGCUAAAAUAGUUUAGGUCUUAUGCCUGGGAAGCAACUCCUAGUUAAAGUUGGUGAACCCACUGCCAUGUGGAGUCCCUCAAGGUUCAAUUCUUGGGCUGAUUCUUUUUCCUCUGUACCCUGUCCUCAUAAGAUUGAUAAAAAAAAAAAAAACAUGGCAUCUAUUUAUUACCUUUUAUGUUGACAUCAGAUGUUAUUUGUCCCUGAACAGAUAUUACAAAAGUGCCCUAAUAGUAAUACUAAGCUGGUAUAAGGACAUCAAAGUCUGGUUGGUCCAGUUUUCUACGUUUCAAUAAAAAAGGAACAAAUGUCAUUGUGUUUGAACAUAGUGGUGCCUUUCAUGCCUCUCUUAUGGACAAGGGUUAUGUUAAAACAGGAGGGUGGGACCUUUUAGUAGUGCCGGGAGUUCUGACUAGGGUGUCCCUACAAGCCUUGAUAAAGCAAUGCACACUGUUCUGCACUGCUAGCAAAGCGUUGCCAGUUUUGUAAAAGAACUGAUAUGUAAACACAAGACUAAUGAUGCAUCUACUGUAAGAUUGGUGACUUCUAAAACAAAGACAACACAUUUUGAUGAGUCAUACCUCACCCUUGGUUUCACCUCCUCCAACAGUGGGCUGCCCACACAUUCAAAAUUUGAGUGUUACAUGUUGCAUUGUCAAUUUGGAUAGCUUCCUCUGUAAAAGUAGUUUGUUGCUUUUUCAGUUUGAUGUUACACAAGGAAGUUGCAAUUAUUAUAAUUUUCUGCAAACAAAGUUCCAGAUCACUCUGGAGUUCAAAAUGGUUUGUUAGCAGAGGACACGCAUGAUCAUGUGUUUCCAUUUAAAGCCAUUAAACAAAUGUUUGAUUAAAUAUUAUUCUUCAACUAUGAUACACCUAUGAUCACUAAUCUUGGAAAAUGAUUUUUAGAUCAAUCCUGUUGUCAAACCUUGUUUUUACCACCUGAAUCUCUUAUUCAUGAUUUAACCCAUUUUAUGUUUCAGGUAUUUUAAGCAAGUUAUACAGCAUUCGUCUCCACCGGUUGGGACUACUAUAAUGUUCUUUAUGUUGAUGUUACCUACAGUUAAUGCAUAGAUGCUGCCCAGAACUCAUAAGCCAGAGCACAUUACACCCAACCUGGCCUCCUUCCACUAGCUUUGUGUUUUAAUUAGGAUUUAUUUUAUGAUUUAAUUCUUUGUUUUCAGAUCUUUUAAUGGAGUAGCACCUUAGUAAAUGUCUGACCUCUUAUGAGUAUUACACCCCCUUGAGGUCUCAGAGGUCAGCUACUUUUUGUCAAACUGAAGACCGGGCUUAAAAUCAGGAAUGACCUCAUCAGUGGCCCCCAAACUGCGGGAUGAUCCCCCCCCUAUUGCAUUGUCACCAGUAAGAGAAAUCGGCGAAAGACAGCACCAAAAAUAAGGAAGGAAAUCAACAUGACAAGGUCAAAACCCAUAUCUCUGACAACCGUGAAAUGACGUUUCAGAAAGGCUGGUCUGAAGGGUUAUUUAUCUGCAAAAAACAAACAAACAAAAAAAAAAAAACCACGACUUUGUCCACAGAACAAGAAAAAGAGAUAUGAGUGGGCAAAAGCUCACAAAAAUUGGACUUAUGAUGACUAGAAACAAGUUUGCACUGUUUGGUUCAAAACGCAGAGUCUAUGUCCGCAGACAAUCUGGUGAACGUCUGAAAGCACCAUGUGUUACACCCACAAUUCAGCAUGGAGGUGGUAGUUCCAUGGUAUGGGGAUGUUUUGCAGGUGAUGGAGUAGGAGAUUUGUUUGAAGUAAAGAGUAUCAUGAAGAAGGAACAGUACCACUCCAUCCUCCAGCACCAUGCUGUUCCAUCUGGACUCAGACUUGUGGGUCACAAGUUUGUUUUGCAGCAAGACAAUGACCCUAAGCACUCUGCCAAGCUCUGUCAGAGUAACCUAGACAAAAAAAAGAGGAAGGUGUUCUUCAAAAGAUGGUUUGGCCCCCUCAGUCUCCAGACCUUUCUCCAAUUGAGCUUGUGCGGGAUGAAUUGGAUAGAUUGGUCAGAAAAACGCGUCCCAUGAAUCAUCAGUCUUCUCUUAAUGAACUUAAGAAAGCUUGGAAUGCAAUCCCUUGAACAUACCUUAAAAAACUUGUGGAUCGAAUGCCUGGUAUAUGCCAAGCUGUUGUUAAAGCCAGAGGAGGUUACCUUAAAGAAAGCAAAGUCUAAGCAACAAUAACUCAAAUACCUAAUAAUUAUAGUCAAAAUGUCUUCUGAUAAGUUACUCUUUACACAAUAGUCAUGUUUAUUGUGUUGCAAAGUAUAUAUAUAUGAAACUAUGAUCUUUUUUUUGUAAAUCUGAUCUUGCUUCCAAACUUUUGGCCUGUAGUGUAUAUGUGCAGGGCUUGACACUAACUUUUUUUUACAAGGAGCACAUGUGCUUCUAAGUUGAAAACGUAAGGAGCGCACAAAGAACUUUAGGGGCACAAUGAAAAUUGAUCAAAUAAUGUGUCUUAUUGGUUGACAGUAGCACUAUUAUUCGAAAUCAAUUUUAGGUCUUUUGGUCACAUGACGUGGAAGCUAUUGAAGAAAAUGUUCAAAAUUUGGUCUUUGAUUUAACCCAAAAGAUUUUGCAGGACAAGUUUGAGAAAAAAAGAGGUUUGUCUUAUUUUCCGUUCUCAGUACUAUUAAUUGAAAUUAAUUUUAGGUCAGUUGGUCUCAUGACAUGGAAGCUAUUGAAGGAAAACAGCCUUUUCUGAGAACAUCAACCAGUAAUUUAUUAACGGUCCCCUAUUCAACACCCGACAUUGACAGCGAGGUUGCCGAGUAGAUUUAACGUGCUGCUGUUGCAGGUUUUGGAGAGUGAGAAGACACCUGUAGAUCCGCAAUGAAUGUCCGUCGAUUAUCCAACCUAAAACUAACUUCACAGCGGUAUUUCCAUGAAAAAUCAUCUAUUGCCGUGGCUGAUGUGCCCCUAAAUACAUUUUACAAUUCGCACAAAUCUAUUUUUAGUCGCAAAUGCAAGUAAAACGGUAACGCUGUCGAGCCCUGAUGUAUUUGUAUUUUACUUUGAUUUUAUUUCUGCUUUUUAGUUAUUAUACAGCCUGGUGCUUAACUGAAAUGUUUUUGUGUAAUAUAUGAAGUGGAUUGGAUUAUCAAACAACAGUUCAAAAAUAAAAGAUAUCGUCUUGACAGACUUCAUAUCCACGGUGCCCUGUCAGGUAAAAUAGGCAGUAAUCCUGAAGAGCAUAACAUACAAAUGAAAAAAACAAACAAACAGGAAACAAGCUGAAAACGUCACACUUCUAGUUUGCCCUAAGCCAUUGAUCAAGAUGAGCUUUGUAUCUGGUUCUGCAGCUUCUACACUGAAACACUAAACCUUAAACUAUGAUCAGGUUUUAAAGAGCUAGAUUUUUGCCUCUAACUAUCUGUUGUCAGUCCAAACCUUUGUUGCUGUCAGACACACUGCAGUCUAGUUGGGUGGUUCAUCUGAGAAAAACACCAGAAGCACUUCUGCCUUUAGUCCCUUCCUCUCCUAAUAACCACAUAUAUUGCUUUCCUGUCUUCAGAGAGGAGAGGUCUUGCAGGAAACAUUCGGGUGAAGCUGUUGUCUACAGUCAUUUAUUGUCUCUGAUGCACUACAAGUGUUUGGUCGCUUCCUCUAUAACAUCUCCAACAGGAUAAGAACCUUGGCCUGCGCUGCAGUUUAUACAAGGCAGCUCAUCCAGAAUGUUGUUGAUUUAGCACAGAAAAGAAGCUGUAUUGUGCAAUCUGUCUCUCUGGGCCCUUUUCCAGGGUGAUGUGGUACAAUUAUUGCAGGAACAUGAAGCUCGGGUCUGCCACAGAGGUUUAACCUUGAUGCUCCCAGGAUUAGUGAGAUUCAUUUACUGUCAUUGCUGGAUAGCAGUCAGUUCAAUAGGGAGGUUGAAAUUCAGGGUGAAACCAUGAUCAUUGCAUAGUUGACCAAUAUGAGACACAGCUCAAGGAAGAAUAUUUAUGAUCAUUUCUUCAUGAAAAUGAAAUCAGACCGAGACACUGAGGCAGAAGAACUACCACGUCUGCAGUGCAAAAUGAUUAAUGUAGUGAUUAUUACUUCAAGGAAAUGAUAGAGAAAUGGUCAUAAAUGUAAUGGACUGGCCCGAGGUCUUGCUACAAACAAGCGGCUGCUGGAAGAGAGUGGGUGAGUUGUGUUUAGUCUCUUUGCUAAAUAAAUUAGGCAAAGUUAAAAAGAUUUUUGGUGGCUAGUGCUGUGGCUAGGACCCUAUAUGUUCUGUUGAUGAAGUUGGGUGUUGUUCUGAGCAUUAUUUGUGGCUAUAGAGUGGUAUUUUGGUUGAGGUUUAUUUAUGGUCCCCCAGACCACUGUGUAUUGCUAUUGUGCGGUCGUUACUAAAGUUGGUAUAACUAGAGAAGCAAGCGGUCGGCAACAUUCAUCUCUCGAGGAGGUGUCUAACUCUCGGUUUGAGUUAUGGUUAAGGUUUGUUUGACCCAAAAUUGAUUUUACGCUGGAAUAUCCCUUUAACGUAGAAAGGAGAUGUUUGUGAAAAGUCAAAGUUUAAAGCUUUAAGAAGAGAAAAAUGAGCAACACUGAAAAGGAAGAGACCUGCUAGUGGUCGUCGAUGACCCAAAUCACAAGUCCCACAUAAAAACUCACCUCCAAUAAUUAAGGCAGACGACCAAUCAUGAGUGAUAGUUUUCGGAACACUAAUCAUAAUUCAAUAAAGGUAAUGGCCACCCCUGGCCACCCCGUGGAUCUGCCCGUUUUAUGAUCUAUGUUGUUUCAUCAUCCCUCAGUGUUUUUAAAAGUUGCCACGGCUACAAGUUUCUAUCUCUUGAUUCACUUGACUGUUGUGAAGUUCACCAGCAACUGUAGGAUUUUUAUGACCUUUUUUUCUUGCACUCUACAUGCCUAAGUGAUCUCUGACUCAUCUGUGGCCCCUUGUGAAAGACCACUCAAAGCAGUGAUGCAAGAUGCCAUGUUUGGAAGCUCAUAAAUGUUCUCUGCUCUGGGUGUUGAGUUUUUUUUUUUUUACAUUUGUUUCAGCCAAAGGUUCAGUUACUGAGAUAAAUUUCUCUAAAACCACAUCUAUUGCUUUCCUGUCUUCAGAGAGGAGAGGUCCUGCUGGAAACAUUCAGGUGAAGCUAUUGUCUGCAGAUUCAUUUAUUGUCUCAGAUAACUGAAGUUCAGUUACUAAGUUAAUUUCCCUAAAACUGCACCUGCUAUUUCUUCUCAGUUGGAAAACUUAACCCCCAGUGUCACGUAAAUAUGAUUCAAAAGUUUAAAAGCAGCACACAUGGAAAUCAUGGCAUAUAAUAAUAAUAAUGAUAAUAAUGACAAUAAUGAUAAUAAUGACAAUAGUAAUGAUAAUAAUAAUAAUAAUAAUAAUAAUAAUAAUAAUAAUAAUAACAAUAAUAAUAACUUUAUUUUAUAGCACUUUUAAAAACAGAAGUUUACAAAGUGCUUUGACAAAUAGUCAGAAAUAAAGACAAAUAAAAACAAAAAGCUCAGUUAAAAUGAAAUUGAAGGCCAUUUUUUAUAUGUCAUAAGAAAUCCAGACAAUACAAGAACUAUGCAACAUAAAAUGAGACCAUUAGGACCAAAAUAAAAAUAUAAAAUAGUUAAGUAAAAGACAAGGCAAUGAACGGAGUUGGGGCAGAAAACAGGGUAGUAAAUAUUGUGUGUAAAUCUUUUAAAGUUCAAUUUUAUUUAAAAUGCUAUAUGAAUUAAAAUCGAAAGAGAAGCCUUGAAACAUGGAAAAAACUCCAGCAAAGCUUUCAUUGACUAGUCACUUGAUUUAUCUAAAUUUUAUGAGUUGAUGUGAACUGAUUUAAUUUAUUUUUAUUUAUUUAAUCAUUUUUAGUUAUUUGUCUCUGCUCUUACAUGCUUUGAAACCAGGACCAUUUUCAAAUAGACAGUCAAAUAUUUAUGUUUGCAUGUGUUACUGUGUGUUUCCAUCCCAGGUACACAUAUAUUAUAGAGAGUGUUGUGUUACUUUGCACUUACCAUGCAUGUCAUUAGCACUCAGCUACUGUAGUUUUCAGUAAUUCACAGCUACUGCUAAAAGGCUGAGUCACCAUCUGACACCAUUUUACCCACAGUCAGUUUUUCUGUACUCAACAGUGUGAGAGAAAGAGAGCAGGCGUGAGGAGCUGAUUGAACAAGGGUGAUUCCUACUGUACUCUGUCUUUUUAUGACUGAAUUCAUCCUAUCAUGAUGAAAAUGCAGAUUUUAAAUUUGCAUUUUAAUGUUCUGCACGUAUUUGAGUUUUGAUUUGUGUAUUUUAUCUUCACACUGCACCGUCCAUGGAAUUAAGUCAUGUCAAGUACGACAUAGCCUGCCAUGCGUGAACAGUCUAUUAGCAAUAAUUUACUGCUUUGUCCUCUGAAUCUGUAACAGAUCAGUUCAACAUUCAGGGUAAUGUUACACUGAUUGUGACAAACCUCAUUUAAUUAAGUGUUUGGAUGUCAAUCAAAAUGUGGUCUGCCACAGCAACAGAGUCUUAAAAAUUGAUGUUAAAGUUAUGAAGGUUUUUCUCCUGAUAUUUCAACUCAAUGAGACUGAACUUUGAUGUCAUAUACACAGUAACAUUUUCAGUAAAAAGUUUUUUAAAUACAGGAGGGCCUGUGUACACCUGUUGCCCUGGCGGCAUCAAUAACCACAAUUUCAAGUUGCUUGUCACCAGUGUUUUCUGUUGUUAAAGACCCACUCUGAUAAGAUCAUGUUGUUCUUGUUUUUUAUAUAUGGCAUUUUUCUGACGCUGCAGGACAUAUCAUGAGAAAACUAAGGGACUAAUCUACUAAGAUCCCAAAUAAUUUUUUAGUUUGCAAUUUCGUGUAAAAACUAAAAAAUUGCACGUGCCAUUAGUGGGCGUGUUGUGGGUGAUCUACUAUCAUUGCGUGUGAAAUUGACAACGGGUGCAAAAGUGGUGUGGACCGCCCUCUUUAAAGUAGGAUUUUGUGUGCGCUAUCGGCCGUCACCAUGGAGAAUUUGUAAGAGCAGAGUGUUUGAAGCCAUGAAGUUGCACAUAUCGUUUUGGGGAACAGCAUAAAAGGCAAGGGAAGUUUAUUUGUAUAGCACAAUUCAUAAAACAAGACAAUUCACAAAGUGCUAAAAAGAUACAAGAAGAUAUACUAGAAAUCAAGUAAGGGAUUAAAACGAUUUAAAAUCAAGAAGACAAACAGAUAAUUUUUUUCGUCUGUUCCGUCUUUGACCUUAUUAUUUUUGAAAAUCAUCAUUUACUAGAAAAACGAAAUAAAUCACAAGCUUUAAGACAAGGAUCAAGGCGUGUAUCAUGGCACUUCUGCCUCCUUCUCCCCACUAUGGGCGUGCAUAAUGCUGUGUCAGUUUGCACGUGCCUUUCAAAGGUGCUAAAUAUAUGGGGAGAAGCAAAACAGAGACCGCAAUCGUUUUCCGAGUUUGAUAGAUCACACUGCGGGUGCCAAAUGAUUCCAUUUGCACCUGCUCCUCCCAAAAUUUUGCGCAUUCUGAUGAUCUACACACAUUCUGCAUAUUCGUGAAGGCAAACACGCUAAAUCGAUUGCGUGCGCUGUUUUGCUCAUUUAACAGACGCAAUCCUCAGUGCACCCGGUUAGUAGAUAAGGUUUGCACGUGUUUUUGCACACGCAAACCUGUAGUAGAUCAGGCCCUAAAUGUGAAAUUGCUUUUCUGAGUAUUUCUUCAUUCAAAUCGCUGUGAAUCUUUGACAGACCCAAAUGCAGGUUCAGAAACUGUGAGAUUUCAUACAUAACCAAUCCAAGCUCCGUCCCCGGAGCCCUGAACAAGCAUGUGUGUUAGCGAAUUGCAAUGCUCGCAAGAAAGCUAACUAUGAUAUUAGCUUUCAUCAUGUUCCUAAAGACAUUAGUGUCCGAGAGCUGAAUACCUCCUAUGUUACCUGUUACUUCUGCUGUACCGGCAAUGUUAGGCUGCAAGACGAGUGUGCAGAGCAGCGCUGUCUCCACCCACGACUCAAAGGCAAAUUGCUAAUGAUCUACUGGAGCUCUGCAGACGAAAAGCCUUUGAAAAUGACACAGGUAACACGAUUUUUGGUAAAAAGGUAAUAAUCACAAUUUAAAGACCACUGAGAACACUUUAAGUUGUAAAAACACGACCAGAGUGGGACUUAAAGUUGAUACCCUUAUCCACCAAUAAAUAGUUUUCUAAAUGCUCUGUUCUUUGCUUAUAUACUUUUAUUUAAUAAAAAAGUGGAAACACUGGACCGCGUUUUCUUUUCAAAUCUAAAUGAGGCACUGCCAGCACAACAACAAAACAAGCUGUUAGUGGGCAUAGUCCCUAAAGCAGUAAAUCAUCAUAUAAGCUGUCAUUUCUCAGAAAUAAAACAGCAUGGGUGUGUCUAUAAGAAGAUAUAUUGAAUUCUCGAUAAUUAAUUGUUACUUGGUUAGUUUUGUGGCUGUAAGAUUAUAAGUUAAAGGUCAUGAGUUGCAGGAAUGUUAAUGAAUCUUUGUGGGUUUUCUGCCCUCUGGACUUGUCCAACAACUUCCCUUGCUAAGUGACCCCAGAAGGAAUCCUCACCGCAGGUUUCAGAAACACUGUGUUGACAUUCAAGCUGUUUAUGAUUAAAGACAAAUCUCAAGUGGGGGCUGAUCAUCUGUCACUCAUAAAGCAGCUGUGAUUGUGUGUCUGUGUCAAAUGAAAGGGCAUUUCACUCAGCAUUAAACAGGACCACUUCUUCCGUCUCUGCCCUAUUUCUCUUUCCCUCUCUCUGUUUCACAUUCUUACACUUGCCCGUCUUCCUCAUUUCUCUUUCACUUCCUUUUCUGUGUUGUUCUGGCUGUAUUUUGGGUCAAACUAGAGUAAACAUUAUCUGAUGAGGGGGCUGAGAGAGAGAGGGGGGCUGGAGGGGGUAGGAAAAUCUGCAAGAUAGAGUGUUAACUGGGAGAGAGUAGGAGGGAGCAAUGUAUGAAAUGGCUUGAGGAAUUCAGGAGGGAGAAGGAGGGAUAGAAGAGCAUCAAGGGGGGAAGAUAGGGGAGUCCCCACCCUCUUUUUCCCUCACCCUCUCCCAUCCCACUCCCCUUCUCUUGGUUGGCCUUAUUUGGUCAUGUUACUGCGACGAUAGCAAGAGAGAGUGAGAGAAAGAAUGGGGGGGAAGAUGGACAGAUUUUUCUUUUUUUUCUCUUCUUUCACCCUUUCAGAACGGAGAAGUUUGAUCUGAUGAGGUGAAGUCAGAGGAAAACCAGGGCUCAGACGGCUGAGUCGCUGAGUAGCCGGAGUUCAGGGAGAGUUGUCUUUUUUGUGGUAAACUGAGAGCUGCUGUCCUGAACUUUUAGCAGGUUUUUAUAGACCUUUGUGUGCCAGACUGUGCAGUUAGUAACAGAGGGCUAAGUCAGCUGGGAGAGAAGAGGAACUGCGUUAUGCUGGAACUGUGUCCACAUGCAAAUUAAAGGACCGCUUCAACCCCCCCACACCCCCUCCAGCCAGUUUCUGCUGUAUCUAUGAAAAUGAGCAACACAACCAGAGUCUGCUGACGUUUGCAGCAUCUCAUCACUGCUGCAGACACAAACUCUAACAGAGCACACACACACACACACACAUACACACACAUACACAUACACACGCAUGCCUGCCCCUCGUCUCUGCUCCCUGAAGCACACAAAGCCCUUUGAUCGACAUAAAGGAGAAUCGUGAAUAUCUGUUUCAAGUGGACACACACGCACACACCCAAACAAGCACAGAGGAGUGUGCUGGUUUCUAUUCUCUGGUAUUACAUUUUCAUGCCUCCUUUGACUUUUCAGAGAGAUCUCUCAGAUGUUAAAUUUCUUUCUAGUUUUUUUUGGAUGAUAUAUUCGUUGAACACCUUGCAUUAUCUUCUGUUUGAACAGCUCAGCUCUUCCGUGUGUGUAGGUAUUUUGCUAAGCUGUUGCAGUAACCCUUCUCCCACACUGAAGCACUGACCUCUCCACGCUUCACCACAGUACAUCAACACUAUUCUGUCUUCAUUUACUUUUCGCCCUUUUCCUUUCUUCAAAGCCAUGUAUCAUUCUUAGCUGCAAACACAGCGGUUACCUUAAGCAACCUGACAAUAAAAAUCUGUAUUUCUGUCCAUGACGUUGUUUUCAAUGCCUCUCUGCAAGCACCACUGGCUCUUUCUUUUUUUUAACUUUCUUUAUUGGAAGCAAUUCCACAAACAGCAACAUGUCAGUACAACGUGACAGAGAAGACUUCCAUUCUAUCAUUUUCCCGUUGUCACAAUCAGGCAGAGAUGUCAAAGAUUCAAUAGGAUUUAAAGGGAUAUUCCAGCGUACAAUUAAUUUAGGGUCAAACACACAAUUACACCGAGUAAGACACCCCCUUGAGAGAUAAAUGUUGCCGACCGUUUGCUUUUCUCAUUAUACCAACUUUUUUGUAAUGACCACAGAUAGCAAUACACAGCGGUCUGAGGAGCCAUCAACGAACGUUAACAAAAACGCCACUCUAUAGCCACAAAUAAUGCUCAGAACAGCACCUUACUUCAUCAACAGUACAUAUAGGGUCCCAGCCACAGCACUAGCCACCAAACAUCUUUUGAACUUUGCCUAAUUUCUAUAGCAAAGAGACUAAACACAACUCACGUACUCUCUUCCAGCAGCCGCUUGUUUGUAGCGAGACCUUGACCAGUCCAUUACAGACUACAGCGGGGUGACGCAGCUCAAGGAAGAACAUUUAUGAUCAUUCUGACCAAAAUGUGGCAAGCUUGGGACAAAACCAAAACAUAUGGGAAUGGUCGGCUGGAGAUUGUUUGCACCUAUUACAUAAAUCAGUUACAUUGGGGUAAAUCCGAGAUAGCCUCAAACUGGUUGAAUGAACUUUGUGUACAACUUUACACUGUAGGAGGCCGUGCCUCACACAGAUUGAAAAGGAGUAAGUAGUAAAACUUGUUGCCAAUAAUUGCUCAAGCUCUUGCUUCCAGGAACACUUGGGACCGGAAGCUUGGGUGUCAAUAGCAGAAUUAAUGAGGCUGUAAAUGUUAGAGAUUAGCCGCUUUUGUUUUGGAUCAAGAGCCAAUAGUGAGUCAACCAAAGUUUACCACUGCCUCUUUCAAUCUCUUUUCUCUUUAUUUAUUAUCUCUGUCUUUUUUUUUCCAGACUGUCUGUUUAGGCUGUGUCCUAUGAACCGCUACUCAGCCCAGAAGCAGUUCUGGAAAGCAGCAAAGCCCGGAGGGAACACAGACACGGUGCUGCUUAACAAGCUCCAUGUGAGUGAAGUGACAAAAUGUUCAUCGGUCUGCAGCCACAGCAGAGCAGCACAGUACACACAGGCCUGUCCUCGGCCUCACAGGAUUGAGAGCAUGGUUACUUUUGUUAAGUUUCCUUAAGUCUUCAUUUUAAACUGCAUGAAUGGCCACUGAGUGAAUGCACUGAGAUAUUACUGCUGUGCAUACCACCCCACAGAUUAAGAACAAUUUAUAGCCAAGUCGAGUUCAUAUGUAUAUCUUCUGGGGUAGAAUUUGAAAGUCCUUUUAUAGGCAUUAUUGAAGGCUUUUACUCCUACUGUCUAACCUUUCUGCCCUCUUUUUUCUCUCUUUCUGCUUGGAUAUGAUACCAUUUAAAGCAAUCUGCUAUCUGACCGUAAAAUGGGUGAUUGCAGUCUCUGUUGAGUUUCCAUGGAGAUAUGAGCCAGAAUUUUUGGCAAAACCCUGCUACUGUUGAAGAGUUUUGGCAAAAAACUUUGGUACAGCCAUACUCCAUUUAACAGCUUAACCAAUUAAAUUCACAGUUUUAGUGGGUGUCAUGAACAACUCGGCAUCUGGUUCUUAUCUUGUAUUUACUUUCAGAGUGCAGCUGACCUGGAGAAGAAGCAAAACGACUCUGAAAACAAAAAACUCCUUGGGACAGUGAUUCAGUACGGGAAUGUCAUACAGGUUUGCCUCUUAUUUUUUGUUGGAUAUCAAGUCAUAUAAACUUUUUUUGACCUGCAACAAGCUUUUUCUCUAACUUGAAUUACUCUGGCAUGACCUUGAAGGGGAUUUAAUCUCCUUAAAGUUGUAACACCUUUAUCUUAAAUUAAAAAUAAGCCUUCAGCACACUUUGUGCAAUAUCAGUAAAAGCUGAAAAACUGUACAUCGUUUGAUUCCUCAACCGUAUAUUGCCUCUGUACAAUAUUGUGAAUUUUGGUGAAGUUCCAUGGAGGAUAAAACCACACAUGAAAUCCAAACACACAGUGCUGUAGGUACUAGCUUAUUAUGAGCUAGUGCCAGUGUGUUACAAUUUAAACAUGUCUUCUGUUGUUCAACUUCUGUUGAACAACAGAAAACAUGUUUAAAUUGUAACACACUGGCUAGCUUAUUAUGAGCCAUAGCAUCUGUACAAAUUUAGAGACAGACAGCCAAUAACUGCUUGGCUGACUGAUCAAGGCUGCAGAGGGCAUUUUGAAAUACUCAGUAUUAUCUGGUGCCAGUGUUCAGGACGCCUUUUAAAAACAAACAAACAAAGUAAUGUCUGCAGACAGCCUCGUCAGUGUGGCUUCCAGUCACUUGAAAUAACAUAAGCAGACUUAUCUUUUUUAAAAAAUUGGCUAUUAGCUAACUGAGUCUGUUUACAAAUAUAAACAAACAUAUAAAGUGUGCUUCAGGACAGUUUUGAGAAGGCAGUGAAAAUGAAAGUUUUGAAAGUUCCCUGCCUUUACAAUAACUCCAAUGCACACUGCUAGAAAUAUUAACCUAAAUGUCCUCAGUUGCCACUGCCGUCUCUGGAUGAUGACACAUAUUUUUUGCCCCUCAUGACAACAAAUCAAAUCUAAAAUGUUUUUUGUUAUUUAAUGUAGAAAAAUGUAGUUUGGCAUUGCUUCUUACAUACCAUGAAUGAAUGAUGUACUUAUUUACUCUCUUUAUGUUCUAUUUUUUGUUAAUAUAAUGUAAUGUAAAUAUGUUGGAGACUGACUGUUUAUUGAGUAGCAGAGAAGGGGUAGGUUUAAAAAAAAGCAUAAUGCUUUAUCCUACUCCUUUUCGGAUAUGUUGGGUUCACAUUAUUAUUUUUAUUAGUAUUUUUUAUUUUUAUUUUUAUUGUUGUUUUGAAUAUUCUCAUUAGUUUUGUUUGUUUUCAGUUUACUUUCUGGUGUUGCAUGCAUAUGUUCAAAAAAAAUAAAAAAUAAAUACGGUAAAUAUCAGACAUGUUCUCAAAAGUCCAUCUUUAUCGAGUGGUUUUAUUUUUUCUGAUUUAAUCAAAAACCCAUAGCAUAGCAAAAACCCAUGUCACUAGCUGUUGCAGCCAUAUUUAUCAGAAUACAGUGUUCAAAAAAUAAUGGAAUUAUAUAUAAAUUGCUCCUCACCAUGGGUAUCGACAUUCUCUUUUUCUCUCCAGCUCCUUCACCUGAAGAGCAACAAAUAUCUAACCGUGAACAAGCGUCUCCCAGCUCUGUUAGAAAAAAAUGCCAUGAGGGUGAUGUUGGACACUGCAGGGAACGAGGGCUCCUGGUUUUAUAUCCAGCCUUUCUACAAGCUUCGCUCCAUUGGGGACAGUGUGAGUCAUCAUAUCUAUGUCUGUGGGCAUGAUGUGUUGUGGGAACAAUGGUCUUUGUCACUCAACAUCAGGCAAAGCAAAGGACUGAAUCGUGCCGGGGUUGAUGUGUGUUUAACAUUUAAGUUGUGUACUCAUGAAAAUACAGUUGGCAGAUGUUUAUCCUAAUCGUAGAAUCCAUUUAAAUAGUACAGUUGUGAAUCAGUAUUAUAUGGUUAAGACAGCAGAAAAAGGUGUAGAUUUUGACAACACAGACCUUCUGUACCGUCCUUAGCCUCAGUGUCAGGCAUCUAUCUGAUUACAUCUAUCCCUUAAUGGACCUGUGCCAGCGCCCAAUUGGUCUUUUCCUGAUCACAAAGCUCUUGUUGGCACCAGCCUGUCCUCCCUGCAGCAGGAAGAUCUGUGAUGGUGCCAAAGGACUAAAUAAACCUGGGCAGGGAAAAGGGCUUCCCUGCUGAGCUCCUCUCAGAUUAGGCAUGGCACAUGGUGUAAGCAGCAGGACUUAAACAAAAAGAUAACUGGAGUCACCUCAGAAAUGCUGAGAGGAAAAGAGGACGAUGAAUGCAAAUUAGUACUGAUACUUUCAGGCCUGUUCCUGCCUACAUGUGAGUGAGUAAAGGCUGGUGACAUAAAUGUCACUAAGUCAAACUCUACUUAUUUGCAUAAUGUCCCUAAUUGGUCUAGGAGGUGGCCCAUUAUCAUUUUUCCUCUUUGUAUUGAUUCUCUUCCUUAGACCUGGAUAUUAGUCAAUACUGAGUGUGUCAUGAACUGUAAAACUACUGCUAACCCUGUUCGAUUUAUAGUGACACGUUUCAAAACGAUAUGGCUUGGUUUAGUACUGAAGGAACCAAAACAUAGGAGUGUAUAAACAGAAGCUAAGAUAACAUAGGUGGCAGACAGUUUGGUUUUUAGCUUCUCCAGACACAGACAAUAAGGAGUACUGAGGACAACGUCAUUUUUGAACAUGUUCCUUAAUUCUGUGUUUUGAUUUGUCAUUUUGAUUCCAAAUUACUUAAUGGGUGAGUGAUUAGAAAGUAUUUGUUGCUGAAAUUUUGCUAGCAUGACUGGAGUAGCUUUCUGGGCUGAGAGUCCUUCAAUCACCUUUACUGUUUGAACACAUGGUUGCAAAUAGUGGGCAGCAUAUAGGCAGCUGCGGUAAAAACAACUUAGACGUUUUUGUUAGUUUCUUUGUUUCUUUUUUCAUUGUUUCUUUCAUUGUUACUUUGUUUCUUUUUCCAUUGUCUCUUUCUUUGUUACUUGGUUUGUUUGUUUGUUUUUUUCACUGUUUGUUUUUUUGUUACUUGGUUUGUUUUUUACUUUGUUACUUUUUUCGAUGUUUCUUUCUUUGUUACUUUUUCAUUGUUUCUUUCUUUGUUACUUUGUUUGUUACUUUCUUCGUUACAUUGUUUUUGGUACUUUGUUACCUUUGAUUUUUGUGUCUUUUUUAUUGUUUCUUUCUUUGUUACUUGGUUUGUUUAUUUCUUUUUUAUUUUUCAUUGUUUCUUUCUCCGUUACAUCGUUUGUUUGUUUCUUUUGUUUGUUUUUCUUUUUUGUUUCUUUGUUUCUUUUUUGUUACUUUUUUCUCUGUUUCUGUCUAUGUUUCUUUGUUUCUGUCUUUGUUUCUUUCUAUGUUUCUUUGUUUCUUUCUUUUUUUUCUUACUGUUAUUGAUAGUGCAACAGCCCUAAUACACACCCCUUACUCUUAAAUCUCUUCAUUAAUCCUGGCCCCACACUCCCUCUUUGGCAGCUCUGUCUGUGUAAGGACAAAAAAAUCUAAACAUCUGACCCCAUGUCUCCUGUUCUUGUGUCUUGUUGUCUGAUUGCAGGUGGUGAUCGGAGACAAAGUAGUCUUGAACCCAGUGAACGCCGGUCAGCCUCUCCACGCCAGCACACACCAGCUUGUGGAUAAUCCAGGCUGCAAUGAGGUUUGGCUGAGAUACUGCAACUCAUCCUCACUCCUCACAUGUUUGUGUGGGAGUGUCUGUGUGGCUGCGCAGAACCUUAUUAUAGCUUUUUUCUUAGAAGUGCCUCCUGGUUAUUAGCUGCUUGAUGUCAAACACUACAUGAUUGUUUUACUUUGCUCCACAUGCAGGCUGCAACUAAUCCUGCUUUUGAAAGAUUGUAUAUCCCCCAUAAUAGUAGCACAAUCUGAGAUAAUAUGUAUUAUCUGUUAAUCUAUUAUGGUGUUUAACAACUGUCUAACGUAACAUGAAGCACAUUGUAAGAGUUUGGUCAGUUAUAAGGGCAACUAUGAAAUUCCUGCUGUUGGUAAGAAUCAAACAAAGGUGUAUUUAUACUCCAUUUUUGUCUCUCAAAGCACUUCAAAGAUUUUUUCUGAUGAACUAGUGCAUGUUUUCGUAACUACACAAAUGUUUCUGUUGACAGUACUGCAGCACAGUUGUAGAGGAAGUAAAUAUAAAAAUAAUCGGAUUUCCUUUGGACAUAUUUGAAGGUGUUUUUUAUUCUAUUUUUAAAUGUUGGAACUUCCUUUGUCUUACUCUGCGUAAUGAGAGAACGCUUAAACUCCACUAACAUUAGACUAUCCCUUUAACCUUGGCAGAGCGGUUGUGUGCUCCCUCUGUGUCUGGACUGAUGCCAGGAGAAAGUACCUACAGUCACGUCAAACUCUGAUUGUUUGUUUUCCAGGUGAACUCUGUCAACUGUAACACUAGCUGGAAGAUUGUCUUGUUCAUGAAGUGGAGCGACAAUCAGGAGAUCAUCCUUAAAGGGGUUUGUCUCACAACUGUAACCAGACAAGCUGUUUUUACAACAUGUUUACAGAGGGAUUAGGGUGCUAAACACACACCUUGUGUUUCCAGCAGAAGGUAGAUAUAAAAGUACAAAGACAACAUACUGACAGCAAUCAGAAAUGAAUGAUCUUUAAGAAUAGAUGGUUUAACACAACCUGGAAAGAUCUGAUUAAAGGUUUACACAAUUUAUUUUUCAUUAGUGUUAUAUCCCUGGUCACACCUUAGUAGGCAGCUGGCUCUGUUUUAUAUGAUUUAGUGUCAUCAGUCUAUAAUACAUGCUUACAAAUAGAGUUGUUUUUAUGGUAGUUAUUGAAGGGAUAUUCCAGCGUAAAACUUACUUUAGGGUCAAACACACCAUAACACCGAGUUAGACACCCCCUUGAAAGAUGAAUUUUGCUGACCGCUUGCUUCUCUGGUUAUACCAACUUUAGUAAAAUGAUCACAAAUUUUCUUCCUUGAGCUGUGUCACCCCGGUGCUGUUCUGAGCAUUAUUUGUGGCUAUAGAGUAGCGUUUUGGUUGAGGUUUGUGUGUGGCUCCUUAUACCACUGUGUUUUGCUAUCUGCAGUCGUUGCUAAAGUUGGUAAAACUAGAGAAGCAAGCAGUUGGCAACAUUCAUCUCUUGAGGGGGUGUCUGACUCUGUGUUACAGUGUGUUUGACCCUAAAUUAAAUUUAUGCCAGAAUAUCCCUUUAGGAAUCGUGAUGACUAAAGUUUGGUUUGGCCAAAAUUUUGACAAAAUAUUUUGCUGUGAUUAUAUAUAUGGAGAGAAAAUAUUAAAGGGCAGAAGAUAUUACCCAGGGAAAUUUUGUCAGUCCAAACAUGAGGUCUACAGGGGCUUGAUGGUCUUUUUCAAAUAUUUUAUGGUUUGGGUUGGUUUCAUUUAUAUGAUUUCAUUUAACAAACACUAUUCAAAUCAUAAAAGAGAGAGAAAAAAACUAAAGCAAAUGAAAAAGGUGUAGGCUGAAGCUACAGAUUAUGUUUCCUUACACCUUUUCAUGUAAAAAAACUUAAACUAACACAUAUCUCUCUUUCCUCCAGGGUGACGUGGUCCGGUUGUUUCAUGCUGAGCAGGAGAAAUUCCUCACAUGUGACGAUCACAGAAAAAAACAGUAUGUUUUUCUCCGCACUACUGGACGGCAGUCAGCUACCUCGGCAACCAGCAGCAAAGCCUUAUGGGAGAUAGAGGUGAGCAGGAACAAGAAUUUAGAUCAGUCUCCUCUGCUUGCUUGUGGAGAUUUUAAAAUGUUUACUGUGUUUUAAGAGAACAGGUGAUGCAGUCCACAUCCCCAGUUGAACAACUGUGUGUGCAUUUGGUGAAAGAUAUUUGUCUGUCUGCUCUGGUUUCAGGUUGUGCAGCAUGAUCCAUGUCGUGGGGGGGCUGGCUACUGGAACAGUCUGUUCAGGUUUAAACACCUGGCAACAGGACACUACCUUGCUGCAGAGGUCAGUACACAGUGUAGUCCAUGCCUCUAUUAUAGUUUACUGCAUAUCAGAAUAACCUUUGCAGUCUUUACAUCAAACAUAAGCAUGUGCAAGUUGACUAUAAAGCAACCUAAAGAUGUAAAUAAAAACUUGUUUUAGGCUCUAAUGAUAAGAGAAAACUUUGUGCCAGCCAAAAAAUGGACUUUAUUCCUAGUGGUGAACCACAAUGUUACAUUGCAGGUGAAUCCAGAUUAUGAAGAGGAGUGUCUGGAGUCUCGCUCCUCAGUAAGUGAGCCAAGUUUACAGAUGUGUUAGUAGUGGAAAACAUUUAAAUGUCCUUAAGUGCUCUAAGUUUUGCCAUUUAUUUUCUGAUGGUUUACAGAGCCUUACUUAAAAACAGUUGGCAGGAGCUCAAGAUUACAUAGAUAACACCACAUACUCAGGUGUUUGUAAAUGCCUGCUAAAAAAAACAAAAAACAAAAUCAGUUGCCAAAUUUGCUGAUUGUAGUAAGAGGCGUCUUUGGUUGAAUUAAGAAUAUUUACUGCAGAUUAAAAGGGUGUUACUGUUCUUUCAUCAGUAGAUGGCAGCCUUUCACUUUAAAUCCUCCUAUCUGUACUGAGACCUCAGCUCCCAGACGCAUUUUACUGACUUCUGAAAGCAUGAGGCUGUUAAAAUCUGUUGACCAGGAGGUGAAGCAGCUCACUCUUUAUCUGCUUCUGAGGUUAUUGCCUUGCUUUUAGAGUUAAAACACAAAUUAUAAAAUUUCAGAACAAUACUAAGAAGAGCUGAAGUCUGGCAACAUUCAAAAGUAAAACAAAAGUGCCCUCUAAGUUAUCCUGAAAAAGCUUUUUAAACAGGACCAGCUAAAGAACAAAUGAAUAACUUAACGUAUAACUUAGGAUUUAAUCAUAUUGAGUAUUUUCUAAAGUUGCCCUGCUAAAGAAAGACUGUGUGAUAUUACCCAAACAUGAGCCACUCAGGCAAGGUAAUUAAAUUCUGCUCUUUUCAGGAAUAGAGACUUUGAACAGUGAUUGCAUUUUCUCUUGCAUGUCAGUUUUACAAUCUUGGGUCAAUUCCUAGAAAUCUUUCCGUUGUAUCAUUUAACCUUUCACUGACUUUAUUGAUCUUGACACAAACUUGGCAGACAAAGACACGUGUUUCAAGAUGUUUUUUUUUUUUUUUUUACUUUUUAUGCUGGCUGAUUUUUUUCAUCACACUCUGUUCUGACUUUUCCCCAACAGCUGGACUCGGAGCAGGAAGCCAUACGAGCACGUUUGAGAAAUGUUCAGGACAAAGUUAUGUACACACUUGUGUCCGUGCCUGACGGAAAUGAUAUAUCUUCCAUAUUUGAGCUUGACCCUACAACAUUACGAGGGGGAGACUCGCUGGUACCCAGGUAGGAAGGCCGCAAUUUUAAGGAGUGGGGAAUCUUAUUUUGGAUCUGUGACACUGAUUACAGCGCGGUCUAAUCCCUGUGUCACACUUACACUGAAAUCAAAACAGACGCAUCAUGUUGGGAAAUUCCACUGAAUAUGAACUCAUCUUAUGAAUGAGCAUAUAGCAGUUUACCAGGAGAAAAUGUGCUGUUCUGGUUUCAUAGGUGAAACCAGAACAGUGCGUUUACAGAUAAAAAGUUUUUCACCAAUAAACCUGCAGCGAACAUGAUGAUUCUGGCAUGACAUGUAUGUUAAGUGACGUUACAGUUCUGCUCCACCUGUAUCGAAACAAACAACAGUCGGUGUGUGUGUGUGUGUGUGUGCGCAUGCGUGCGUGCAUGUGUGUGUGUUUGUUUGACUCACAUCAUUUCCCCAGAGGUGCCGUGAAUUUCACACGAAGAGGAAGAUGUUACACGGUUGAUGUAUUCAUUGGAACAAACCCUUCAGUCUUGUUAGAACUAGUUGUUGAAGUUGUUGUGCUUCUUGUUCAUCUACGUACGUGAUGUGUGAGGUGAUUCACGGGUUAGCUAAAUAUACACUUGAGGUGUUUUUCACUUUGCUAAAACUCAUUUUUCUAGAAUAAAAGUUGAUUUUAUUCCUCAGAAAGUUUAAGUUUAACUCUGGAGAUAGAGUUGGGGUUAUAGGGACUGUUUUCUAAGAGUUAAUUUAUCUACUGCAUUAAGGAUUAAUAUGUGAAAAAUAUGUUCAUGUACAUUAUAUAAACACCCCCCCAGUUCUUUAUAUGACAACUUGGUUUGUUUUUAUCCACUACUCGCAAGGUCCUUUUCCAGCAAGAAAUACACUCCAUUGAUGUAAAACAUGUUUGAACCAGAUCUAUUUGUGUCUUUUGUCUCUGAUUUGUAACAUGGUCAAGUGUAGACACCAAAGGGACUCGAGUUGUCUGAGGGGUAAAAGCACCCACCCCACAUUCUCAGGUUACCGAACAGAGCCCUUGUUUACUCCACAAGAUGAGCACCCUUGAAAAUGCUCAAGCCCAUUUCUCACACUCAGAGGCAUUGUAAUACUUUGUACUUUUUAUACACCCCCCCAAAACAACAUCAAGAGGGCCCUAACUGUAUGUGGCAUGGUUUUCAACAUAAGACUACCAGUGAGGGAAAGUUUCGUUUGUUUAUGACUCUGAAAAAACAAAUAUUUCCAUUUGCAGUUGUUGGCAGCACUUAAUUUAAUUUGUUUCUUUCAAGUUUCUAGUUUGUGCUGUCUUGCAUUUCAGUCAAAACGUCUAUUUGUGUUCCAGGAACUCUUAUGUGCGCCUCCGACAUCUCUGUACGAACACAUGGGUCCACAGCACCAACCAACCAAUCGACAAGGAGGAGGAAAAACCUGUAAUGCUGCGUGUAAGUGACAGUUUAUGCAACAGUUAAUCAUUGUAAAGUUUACCACAAUGGGGACCUGUGAAUGAAUACUUUCUUUCACGAUUUAUUUAAAGUUUCAUUUUAACAUUUCCCUCCCGAAUUCUUCUAUGAGUACUGUAACAGGUUAAUACUUUGAAUAUUUUGAUUACUUCUGCAGUUGACAGAUUUGCUUUUCUUUACUGAUUCAAGAUUGGCACCUCAGCUCUGAAAGAAGACAAAGAGGCGUUUGCUAUUGUGCCUGUCUCCCCUGCUGAAGUGAGAGACCUAGACUUUGCCAACGAUGCCAGUAAAGUGCUGGCCUCCAUUGCUGGCAAGCUGGAAAAAGGCACCAUCACACAAAAUGAGAGGAGGUAAAAAUAACUCAAAGUGCUGCCAAAUUGUAAAAUUCUCCUAGAUGACAUGAUAGUCUGACAUUUACAAUUUUUUUUAACUUUAUACCUAUUCAGAGCAGUUACCAAGCUUCUGGAGGAUCUGGUGUUUUUUGUGGUGGAUAUUCCCAACAAUGGACAGGAUGUUCUGGAGAUCAUGGUCAACAAACCCAACAGGGAACGACAGAAACUCAUGAGAGAACAAAACAUCCUCAAGCAGGUAGAGCUUUCACUCUGGUUAUUUUCUUAUUGGAGUUUUAACCCACCUUUUUUUCCCGAUCAAGGUCUUUUUUAUUUUUGAAUAUAACAAUCAAAGGAAAUACAAUCGACACAUGAAACUAUCAAGUCUAGUUCCUUAACAUUCAAACAAGCUCUCCCACCAACAUGGACUGGAAUCCAGGAAAUUUUCAAUACAUCCAGACAUCGACACAUACAGAUAAAAAAGAAAACCUUAACAGAGAAAGAAAAAAAGGAAAAAACAAACAAAUUAACUAAAAAAAAAAAAAUAAUAAAAAAAGGGAAAAACAGAUACAUGUAUACAUUUGAGUUACAUAAAUAUGUUAAUAGCUGCCAUGCCUUCAACAAACAAAAUAAAUAGCUGGCAAAUGAUGUAGAAUUUCCUGGUGUUGCCUCUUACAGUAUAUCUAAUUUUUUUCUAAAUGGACAGGACCUCUCUAAUCCACUGGCUAUAUGUUGGGGGGAAAGCAUCCGUCCAUUUAAACAGGAUAAAUCUCCCGGCCAGCAAAGAGCAGAAGGCCAUCAUACCUAGGAGAUGGGUGCACUGUUUUCCCACAUAUUCUGGAGAAUGCCCCAAAGAUGAAAUACCAAAAACUGUAUAGCAUAGGGCACGACCAAAACAUGUGCAGUAAUGUGGCAUGAGCUUGUCUGCAUCGAUCACAUGUAGGGUCAAUACUCGUCUUAAUCCUAGACAAUCUGUCUUUGGUCCCGUGAAGACGGUGGACUAUUUUAAAUUGAACCACAGUGUGUCUGAGGAAUAUAAAGGGCAAAUAAAUUUGUUGAAUAAUUUUCUGCCAUAUUUCCCCUUCACUCAACUUAUUUUAACCAUACUUCCCAACCUUCACCCAUCAUCAGUUCUCAAAAAGCUCUGUAUCUGUAUCAUCACACUUCUCGAGCUUAAACUUUAAUUAAGUAAUUGUUUUCAAAACCUGAUCCCUGUUUCCAGAUCUUCAAGCUGCUCCAGGCCCCGUUCACAGACAGUGGGGAUGGGCCCAUGCUGCGGCUGGAGGAGCUGGCUGACCAGCGCCACGCCCCCUUCAGACACAUUUGCCGCCUGUGUUAUCGUGUUUUGCGUCACUCCCAGCAGGACUACCGUAAGAAUCAGGUACAGAUUGUCAGGUCUUGAAGUCUGCUUUAUGAACAUAUGCACUGGUGAAAGGGUACAUUCCACUUUUACUCAUUAAGUCUAAUGAGUUAAAGUGGCCUUUGCUCUUUCACGACUCUAACAUCAUUAUCAGAACAACAAAUGCACAGAAUCCAAACGUGUUGCUGAAUGCUUCCUGCUUUUCUCAAGGGUCACUCACCCUUUAUUUAAUUUCCUGUUAACACAAGGCAUGAAACAAGCUCAGUCUAGAGCAAAUGUUUGUCAGUGUAGAGAACAGCAUUUCCAUUUUCUGAGAAGAGCCAAUUUCUUAUAAACUUGUUAGGGUGUAAUUGGUAAAUGGGACAGUAAAUACAUUUAAACAAGGAAGCAGUCUAACCCUUAUGAACACACUCUGUUUUCUGCACCAAAAUGACAAAAGAGCCGAAAUGUCCUCAAUUAGUUGAUCGAAAUACCAGAUGAAGUCAUGACCAGGUCAGAGAUUGAGAUAGUAGAUGUGUUAUUAAGGCAUUUGUCAUGGUGUAUCUGUGCUCUUCUGUUGUGGCAUGUCUUCACUCCGACUGUUUAUCUGCUUGUCUUGUAGGAGUACAUCGCCAAACAGUUUCGCUUCAUGCAGAAACAGAUUGGCUACGAUGUCUUGGCUGAGGACACAAUCACAGCUUUGCUCCAUAACAACCGUAAGCUGUUGGAGAAACACAUCACUGCUGCUGAGAUCGACACCUUUGUUAGCCUGGUUCGCAAGAAUCGUGAGCCCAGGUUUGCGUCAGUCCACCUGUCUGUGUGUUUGUGCACCAUGAGCUCAGUGAUCUGGGUUAAAGGCAAAUCAAAUGUGUGAUAGUGUAAAAGAUUGAUGUGCUUUAUGUCCUCUGUACUUAUAAGCAUGAAAUAGUUACAGCAGAUUUACAACAUUGUUUUUAUUAUUGUAAUUAUAAUCUAUUAUACUCUGGAUUAUGUAACAUGACAUAAUUAAAAUGUGCUUCAAAGACACCACAUUAUAGUCUGCUAUAAUGUGUUGUUAUGAGGCGUGGCGAGGUUGUGUAACUUUUGCAGGAUGACAUACUGUAUAUAUCUGAUGCUUGAAUGCUUUCAUGGAUCAUUGGCUUUGAUUUAAUUUUGCAUCUCUCGCAUGCAUGUAUCUACAUAUGUGACUGAGCAGGUUCCUGGAUUACCUGUCAGACUUGUGUGUGUCAAUGAAUAAAUCCAUCCCUGUGACUCAGGAGCUCAUCUGUAACGCAGUGCUGGAUCCAGCUAAUGCGGACAUCCUCAUAGAAACCAAGUGAGUAAUGCCGCCCUCCAUCCCUUACACUCCAUGCUCUUCUGUUGCUUUUCUUUAUGUGAAUGUGUGCCAUAAAACAUCUGCACAUUAUGUGAGGAAAUGAAUAUCUAAACAACACUAACUCAUAAAAAAAAAGUUCCUCUUUUAAAGUCCCACUCCGAUGGAAAUCAUGUUUUUCUUGUUUUUUAUAUGUUCAUAUGGCAUUUUUUUUAAUGCUACAGGUCAUAUCAUGAGAAAACUAAAUGCAAAAUUGCCUUUUUGAGUUUUUCUUCAUUCAAAUCUCUGUGUAUCUCUGGCAGAUCCAAACGGCAGGUUCAGAAACAGUGAGAUUUCAUACGUAACCAAUCCAAGCUCCGCCCCUUCAGCCCCGCUAUGCAGGUCACACUGCAUAUAGAGGAGAAAUGCAGAGGACAAUCGCAGAACAAGCGUGUGUGUUAGCAGAUUGUAAUGCUCGUAAGAAAGCUAUUUAUGAUAUUAGCUUUCAUCGUGUCCCUAAAGACAUAAAUGUCCGAGAGCUGAAAAGCUCCCGUUACCUGUUCCUUCUACUACUAUUACUACUUCCGCCCUCGACUCAGAGGCGAAUUGCUAAUGAUGUACUGGAGCUCUGCAGAAGAAAAGCCCUUGAAAAUGACACAGGUAACAUGAUUCUUGGUAAAAACUUCAUAAACCACAAAUUAAAGACUACUGAGAACACUUAAAGUAGAAAAAAAACAAACAAACAAAAAAAACAACAAUCGGAGUGGGACUUUAAGACUACAUCUCUAAAAGGCUGUGGUUAGUCUGAUUAAAUAGUGAAUAAAUAAACUGCUUCCUGUCAUUUGUGGUAUCACUGUGGUUUUUUAUAUGUCUUGCUUUUGUUUAUACUCUCAUCCUAUUACAUUUAUCACCAGUUUUUUCUAUUGCUGUUCAAAUAUCUAAAAAAAAACAAAAAAAAACAUGUGUCUCUUUUACAGAUUAGUGUUGUCAAGAUUUGAGAUUGAGGGAGCACCACUCGGAGAAAACUCUGUGGAGUCAGAGGAAGACGAGGAAGAGGUGUGGUUGUUCUGGAAAGACAGUAAUAAAGAGAUUCGAAGUAAAAGCAUCAGAGAGCUGGCUCAGGAUGCAAAAGAGGGCCAGAAAGAGGACCAGGAGGUGAUCAGCUAUUACAGGUAGAUAAUGAACUUAAUUUCCUUUGUUUAUGUCAUAGACUCAGAAGAUAUGUUGUCUGAUUCAAAUCAGAGCACAGUCAUUUCAUGAGGCUGAUGACGGUAUGAGGUUUAUACAAAUAACAGAUCCUGGGGUGGAACGUUACCAUGACCUGGCUUGUGUGUGUGUGCUACUUUAGGUACCAGCUGAACCUGUUUGCCAGGAUGUGUUUGGACCGUCAGUACCUGGCGAUCAACAAGAUCUCCGGCCAGCUGGAUGUGGACCUGAUCUUACGCUGCAUGUCAGAUGAAGACCUGCCAUAUGAUCUGCGGGCCUCAUUCUGCCGCAUGAUGCUGCACAUGCACGUGGACCGUGACCCUCAGGAGCAGGUCACGCCUGUCAAAUAUGCUCGACUCUGGUCUGAGAUCCCCUCAGAGAUCGCCAUUGACGAGUGAGUUAACGUUACUAUUAUUAGCUAUUAUUUUUUUACCCUAAACUGAUCAAGUAAAAAAGGUAAAUAUAGAGCAAAAAUGCCCUUCAGGUUCACCUUUUAGAUGCCAAACAAAGACUAGAGCAAAGCUGUCAGUGUGUCAAACAGAGUGUGAGCGGGGAGACAGAAGGUUAAAUGUGUUUGUUAUGUUUUUCUUUUUAGAGAAAAGUAUUCUAAAAUUGUAUUUAAAAAUAAAUAUCUGCGUUAUCCAAUAUAAAACAAAACUCAUCGGUACAAAUUAUUGAUUCAAUUCCUUUUUUUUGUCAAACUUUUUAAAAAAUUGCUGUUAUAACUCCAGCUUUUGAGGAUGAAAGUUUUCUUGUCUAAUGGAAACUUUUAUUUAGUUAAAAAAGAGGUUUGAUUGUUUUGGUGAUUGCUUUUGUCUUUUUCUACAUGCAGUUACGACAAUGAUGGAACAUCGAAGGAUGAAAUAAAGGAGCGAUUCUCUCAGACCAUGGAGUUUGUUGAGAACUACCUGAGAGAUGUGGUGUGUCAGAGCUUCCCUUUUGCAGAUAAGGAGAAGAACAAGCUCACCUUUGAAGUCAGUUCGGCUUAUUUCUCGUGUAGCCUACUGUAUGAUCACACUGAGGUUAAGUUUAUACCUGCUGAUUAAGAUUUGAUGACUCUUUUUCAUCUUCCAUAUGCAGGUGGUGAAUCUGGCCAGGAACCUUAUUUAUUUCGGCUUUUACACCUUCAGUGACCUGCUGAGGUUGACAAAGAUCCUUCUGGCGAUUCUAGACUGCGUCCAUGUGAGCGCCAUUUUCCCUUUCAACAAGCUGGUCAAAGAGGACGAGAGUAAAGGUAUGAGCACCUCGGACUUCCAGUAGAGAAGCAAGUAGGUUACAGACAUUUAGUUUUAUCUGUGUGUGCUUGUUUACAGGCAGUAAUGUGAUGAGAUCGAUCCAUGGUGUUGGGGAGCUUAUGUCCCAAGUGGUUCUGAGAGGAGGGGGCUUUCUUCCUACCACUUUAAACAACAGCUCCACCGGAGAAACAACCAAGACCCAGACUGAGCCGGAGAAACAGGACAUACUGGUGAUGGACACCAAGCUGAAGAUUAUUGAGAUCCUGCAGGUGAAGAAGAAGAAGAAGUCUUGUAUUUCAGUGCAUGUAUUCAUUCACAAUAAUGUGAAUGCUUCAGAGAAACAGUAAACGCAGUUUGUCACACAUUACCCUGUUCUUGUCAUUUCCUGUCUCAACCUGUAGUUCAUCUUGAACGUCCGCCUGGACUAUAGGAUCUCCUGUCUACUCUCAAUAUUCAAGAGGGAGUUUGAUGAGAGUAACUCUCAGACAGAUUUAUCUCUAACUGGAGCAGUUGAAGGACCAAACAAUAUGCCAGGUCAGGUUUCUUUUUAUGCAAGUUUUGAGCAAAAUGAAUCCAAGUUCUUUUGUAUCUGAAAAUCUUUCUCUUUCUUCCAGGGGCUCUUGAUUUUGAGCACAUAGAGGAGCAAGCAGAGGGAAUAUUUGGUGGAAGGUAAUCCCUGCUCCAGUUUAGAAAGAGUCUAGAAAAGCUAGAAAUGAUAUGUGUGUUUUAAUCUGAAAGCAUGUCUGUUUAGUGAAGAGAACACCCCGCUGGACCUGGAUGACCAUGGUGGCCGUACCUUCCUCAGAGUCCUCCUCCACCUCACUAUGCAUGACUAUCCUCCGCUAGUGUCCAGAGCACUUCACCUGCUCUUCAGGCACUUCAGCCAAAGACAGGAGGUCCUACAAGCUUUUAAGCAGGUAUCCAAACUACUCAAGCUAUACAAAUCAAAAUAAAGUCAUAAAAUUUGAUGUCCGUAUUAUUGUUUUUAAUGCUGCUGAGCAUUUGCGCUUACUUUUAGUAUUCCAUUAUCUGUCACUUACAUCUGUUUACAGGUCCAGCUGCUUGUCACCAGCCAAGAUGUCGAAAACUACAAGCAAAUAAAGUCUGACCUGGACCAGCUGCGCUCUAUUGUAGAGAAGUCUGAGCUUUGGGUGUACAAAAGGCAGGGGCCAGAUGAGAGUAUGGAUGCAGGAGAGGGGCUUUCUGCUGAGUCGGAGCAUAAAAAGGUGUGGUACACGGAACAUCAAUGAAGUGCAUGCAAACAGAGUAAGCCACUGUUGUUGCACUAAGUCCUUUUUUUAUUAUGGUACUCUCUUUAGGGGGAUUCAGGGGGCACAGAUAAACCAAAAAAAGCUGAAAGUACCAGCAGCUACAACUACAGAGUGGUGAAGGAGGUAACCAUCUCACUUCUUAUUCUAUUUUCAGUGCAAACUUCCAAAAACUUCACAGUACAUCCCAUCCCCUUAAAUUUUCUUUCAUUUCUCUGAACUCUCUCAGAUCCUGCUGCGGCUCAGUCGGCUCUGUGUCCAAGAGGGUCUGUCAGGUAGGAAGAGCAAGAAACAACAGCAGAGGCUGCUGAGGAACAUGGGAGCUCAUGCUGUGGUGCUUGAGCUUCUCCAGAUCCCUUAUGAGAAGGUAUCAACAGCAAGACAUUGUCUAAUGACCUAAUCUUUGUGUGUGAGAGAGUGGAUAAACCUUUUAUUGUUUUUUGUCUUAGGGGGAAGAUUUGCGUAUGCAGGACAUCAUGAAGCUGGCCCACCAGUUUCUACAGAACUUCUGUGCAGGGAACCAGCAGAACCAGGCGCUGCUGCACAAACACAUCAAUCUGUUUCUCAAUCCUGGGGUGAGCAGGCCUUUUACACCAUGAAAUACCAAACACACACAGUGUAACCAUUUAAACAAGGCAGGGGCAGGUGUGUAGGAAAAGGAAUAGACGUUAAAAUAAUAAGAAAUCCGGCACACAGUCCAACUUGCAAGUACAAAUGUUUAUUGGUGGCAACGUUUUGUCCUCAGACCUUCAUCAGGCAAGCAAUUUCUAAGAAUGGGCAUCUUAAAUGUGGUGUGGCUGCAGGCCGGCAGGUGAUCCACAUUGUCACCUCUGGUCCACAUUAGCAAAAUAUGAAAAUCAGCAUCAAUAUUACACAAACCUAAAAUUAACAUCAUCCCCAGUUAAAUUAUUAGAACAUAAAUUAACCAUCGUCAGUAAUCAAUGUAUAGUUUUAACAUCUUUACAUAUUUUAACAUCACAUUUCCAUCACAGAUCUCUAUCCAGUCUCUAUCACUAAAUUUAACUCCACAUCAUGUCCCCUCAGAGAGCUGUAAGCUAAUAAAACAGAAUAACAGUAAAUGAUCUUAGAAAUAACAUUUUGGCAGACCAAACACUCUCAUCUUCUGACGGCUGAUGUCAGAUCCCAUCUUUCCCUCGCACUGAUUUUUCUUUCUUCCCACAGAUUUUAGAGGCCAUCACCAUGCAGCACAUCUUCAUGAACAACUUCCAGCUGUGCAGUGAGAUCAACGAGCGAGUAGUCCAGCACUUCGUCCACUGCAUAGAAACGCAUGGCAGAAACGUCCAGUACCUGAAAUUCCUUCAGACGAUUGUCAAAGCAGAGAACAAGUUCAUCAAAAAGUGUCAGGACAUCGUCAUGGCAGAGGUCACACCUCAUUACUACUCUUACCCUCUGUGAGCCAUGCUCCAGCUUCAUCAUGCGCUGAUAUGAUCAUGCAUUUGUCUCUCUCCACAGCUGGUGAAUGCUGGGGAGGAUGUUUUGAUCUUUUACAACGACCGUGCGUCCUUCCAGACGCUGGUGCAGAUGAUGAGAUCAGAGCGUGACCGCAUGGAUGAGAACAGUCCUCUGAUGUACCACAUACACCUGGUGGAGCUCCUGGCUGUGUGCACUGAGGGCAAGAACGUCUACACUGAGAUCAAGUGUAACUCUCUGUUACCGCUGGAUGAUAUUGUGAGGGUGGUGACCCAUGAGGACUGUAUCCCUGAGGUGAGACUGACAGAACCGCUGUGAUGGUUUGACAGCUUUUACGACACAAUACAUCAAUUAUGGAGCAAACUUAGUCAACAUUUUGUAAAUGUAAAGGCUUACAAAGUAUCAAUAUCAUAUAUAAAUGUAGGGGAGACCGGGGCUUUUUGUUUCACUUUUUACACUCAUAUAUUUCUUGAAAUCAAUACAUCAUAUGUAAACAAAAUGUGUACCAGAUGAAAGACCAAAGUCUCAGGUAUAUAUUUCGUAUUCAUGUCAUUUUCAUAUCUUUUCUCAGUGCAGAGUUAUAAGCAAUUAAAUAGAGAGUGUGAACACGUAACAUCUUGCCCCACCAUCGGGUAAGUUGUCUAACUAUAUGGGGUAAGAUGUCAGAGUGAACUUUGCAGCUAAUAAAACAAGGACAAAAUUAUUGUUGUUCUCAUUUUUUUACUUGAAAGUGAACAUCAAAGUCAGGCACAGAAAAUGUUUAUCAAUGAGCUGGAAAAAGUCAUUUAACAUAGCCAUUGAACAAACGUUAAUUAAAAUAUUAUGCAACUGUUUUUCUUUUGAAAUUCCUGACCAUGUCUUCUUGCUCUCUCCUUUAAACCACUCUUUUUUUUUUCUGUAAAAAUAAGGUCAAAAUUCCAAUACGACAAAUACUGAUAAGCAGACUAUCUCUGUUAAUUUUAAUCCCUUUUAAACAUGUGACAACUAACUCCAAAAUGACUGAGACAUGUUGCCCCGAAUUACCAUGCCUGCUAAUUAAAGCUCCAGCUUAAAGUUAGUUUAAAACAGAACAAUGACUGAGGUAUGACAGGAUGCCUUAAUCUCUCCUCUAACAAGUCCAGAUGUAUCACUACUAGGAUUUUUAUCUGGGAGAAGCUUAUUUUAGAAUACGUAUAGUUAAAAUUUUUACUUUGGGUUGUGCAAAAUGGUUAAAUGGCGCUCAGCUCACAAUGUGCUCUUCUCUUCUCAGACAGGACACGACCCCUGACCAUGUAAAGGCAGAAAACUAGUAUUCCACUUUUUACUUUCGCACUCUGGUUGCAAAGAUAAUUGCAAUGUGACAACUUAGCCAAGUGACAACAAGCCCCGGUCUCCCCUAUAUGCAGUACAUACGAUAUGCAUUUGAUGAAUAAAAUCAUACACUGAGAAAAAUAAAUCAUGGCAUACUUCAGUUUUAAGUAUUAACAUCUAUUUGAUUUUAUUAAAAUUACUAUAGUUUUUAGAAUUUAUUUAUUCACAUUUCUUAAAAUUAGUAUAAGUCUAUUCAUUGUAAAAAUAAUUCAAUUUAAUCAGUUAAAGAGUAUGAAUAUAGUUUAUAUAUGGCAAGCUGUGGAUCAACCAAGAUUCAUUUAGCUAAAAUGUAUGAGACAGAAACAAUUUGGAUUUUUUAAUGAUGACUACAUAAAUUUGUCAUUAUUUAUUCUCAACAUGUUGGGUUUAUAGGUAUAAUUACAUAUAUCUGAUUCUUCAUCAUUUCAUUUACAUUUGACUGUCAAAUAUGCAGCACAUAAAGUUUAUUGGCCUGUUCAUGUUCAAAUCUAAAUAACUCGAAUGAAUGGAAAUGUUAUAUAUAUACUAAUAUUAUAUAUCGUAUGCAAUUAAGCCUAAAUAUUAUAUAUAUAUAUAUAUAUAUAUAUAUAUAUAUAUAUAUAUAUAAGCUAACAAUAUGAAAGUAUAGAAAUUUGUCAAAAUAAUAUGCUAAUAUGUAGUCUUUGCCGUUCAGGUGAAGAUCGCCUAUAUCAACUUUCUAAACCACUGCUAUGUGGACACCGAGGUGGAAAUGAAGGAGAUCUACACCUCCAACCACAUGUGGAAGCUCUUUGAGAACUUUCUGGUCGACAUUUGCAGAGUAAGUAAAACCAGACAUUAACUAACUUCACUCAAGGAAUGAGGAUUGUCAUAAUAAAUGCACAUUUUGUAAUGUUUUUGUGUUAACAGGUGUGUAACAACACUAGUGACCGUAAGCAUGCAGACACCAUCCUGGAGCGAUACGUAACAGAGACGGUCAUGAGCAUUGUAACGACUUUCUUCAGCUCACCGUUCUCUGACCAGAGCACCAGCCUGCAGGUUUGUAAACAACAAGGUCAUCUUGUUUGAAAGCAAACAUAGAAGCUUAAAGAUGCAUGACGCCAUGACGCAGUGUAGAAAUUAAACCAUUGCCAAUCAAAAAGAAAAAAAAAAACAUGAGGAAAAGGGCAGAUUAUGAUUUAACCGAAGUAGGUUUAAUCAAGACCAGAUGUUGGGUUUACAUUCGACAUUCAGUGUAAUGUGAUCUGCUAAUCUCUCAAAAUCCUCAUGUGACUGUCGUAAAACCUUCAGCCUAGUAAUGUUCAGUUUGUGCUGUACUCCAGGUGGCCAUCAGAAAGAAUGUGAGUAUAGAGUAUGUAUUGGCUCUACCACAUCAAUGCAACCUUAUAGUUAGACGAUCCCAAGAAACUCCUUGUCCGAAACCCAAACAAAUUGAACAUACUAAACAACCCCCUGCUGUGCUUCUCCUGAAGUGUUGAAAUCAGUUUCUGAGAGUAACUUCUGAGAAUUGUUUUUCCUGUUAAGCGUCAUAACCCUUCCCCGUUGUGUGUGUGUGUUAAUCCUGGUUCAGUUAGUCAUAGGACUGUCGAGCUGAUCAGACACUUCAGUUAUGACCUAAAACCUAGUUUUCGUGAUUAUGACACCAAAUUCCCCCCUUUUUCCCAAUCAGUCACUUCCUUCAGAGUUACAGUACACAAAUACAACUCAGACAUUUAUCAUGAAUUGUUUACAAAGUGUACUGUGAGCAACUUUGAGUCCAGACUCUUGUUCAUUUCAAAAUAACAGUACAUGUAACAAAGUAUCCGUGGGGUCUGAAAAAGUCUUAAAAUGUCGAAAAUUCUAUUAAAAUUUCAUAAAAUGUCUUAAAUCCAGUUUUGAAAGGCCUUAAAAAUGUCCUAACUCUACAAAUAGAUACUGUGCCAUAGGAAUAAAAUGAUUUGAUGUAUUGUAAGAUGUUUCGAUUUUCCUUCAUGUCUUUUGUACUUUUUUGUCAGUAUGGAUCCCACUGAGCAGUAGACAGCUAUUAGACGUUUAGUUUUUUUUUGUUAGAUCUAAUUUAAGAAUCUAAUUCUAGAUUCUGUGUAUUUUUAGGCGGAUUUUAGACGUUGACCUAAAAUAUUGAGUUGUGUAUUCAGAUGUUCGGGUGUGUGAUGUUUCUUUGUUGUUUUCCUUGCAUGUUUCAUGUCUUUACUGCUUGUAUCCUCUGCUGCAGGCCUCUCUGUUGGGAAAAAUAUUUCAGGUAUUUUUUGUAUUUCAAUUCACCAUGGGGAAACACAGAGUUUGGUGUUGGAAUUAAAGGGAUUCUUUUGCACUAUUUUAAGGAGAAACUGGGCUAUGUUUGGGCAUAUGUCUGCUCAGGGAUUUAAGGUUUUUCUGUGGGAGGUAACAAGCAGUCACUGGGUCAGCACAUCUUUCUGAGCAGUAUCACUGUGGUCUGUAAAUGGAAAGCAAAGGUCCAGGUUGUUGGUGCUGUAGAUGACAUGGGUAACUUUUGUGACAUCUUCUUGUACGUGCUUUAGAAGAUGAAAGAAUUUAGAUUAUUAAAAUACCCUGAAACGUCUUUUCUUCUGUUCCUGUUUCUUCCUUCUAGACCAGACAGCCGGUCUUUGUUCAGCUACUGCAGGCCGUCUUUAGGGCUUAUCACUGUAACUGGUUGAUCCCUGUCCAGAAAGGCUCUGUUGAGAGCUGUAUCAAAGUGCUCUCUGAUGUUGGUAAGAUGUCGAUUCUUCCCUAUAAUCCAGUAAAUUUAGAUCAGUUUAAAUCACUAUAUCAAAUGCUGAAGCAGCAGCUUUGUAUCAUGUCACGAUCUGGUUGCAUUUCUUUACCUUUCAGCCAAAGGCAGAGCUAUAGCCAUUCCCGUGGACCUGGACAACCAGGUGAACAACCUGUUUGUAAAAUCCAACAACAUUGUCCAGAAGACGGCCAUGAGCUGGAGACUUUCUGCUCGCAACGCCAUCCGCAGAGACUCUGUGGUGACCGCCUCACGGGAUUACAGGAACAUCAUCGAGAGGCUGCAGGUGGAUAUGCUCAACUUGCAUAUAUGUGCUAGCUGCAGUACUUUGAGAUGUACUGACACGUCUUUUUCUGGACUUAAGGACAUUGUCUCUGCUCUGGAGGACCGCUUGCGUCCCUUGGUCCAGGCUGAGUUGUCAGUUCUAGUUGAUGUGCUGCAUCGGCCUGAGCUGCUCUUUCCUGAAAACACAGACUCCCGUAAGAAGUGUGAAAGCGGAGGCUUCAUAUGCAAGUAAGUACAGUAAACAUCUCCCUCUGACUUGUUUUUGAAUACACAAUCUUUAUUGUAAAAGUUUUAUUAAGAAACAUGGUUUCUACAGGUUGAUCAAACAUACCAAACAGCUGCUGGAGGAGAACGAAGAGAGGCUCUGCAUUAAGGUCCUGCAGACGCUGCGAGAGAUGAUGACAAAAGACCGAGGAUAUGGACAGAAGGUAGGAGGAGCUGCUGAGUACGAGAGAUGGUGGGGCAGCCAUGUAUUACUGUGCGGAUGUUCUGUAUUGUAGUUUUAAUUUAUACUUUAUUUAGUUUCCUUAAAUGUACCUUAAUGCUGAAGUGGGAAUAUGCAAUAUUUAUACAGAAAAGAGAAAAACAGAAAUUUAGAAAAAACUUUAAAUAAGUCACUUUUCUGCCUUUUUGCGAAGAAUUUCCUUUUUUGACGUGAAAUAGAAACACAAAACUGAUCAGAAAAUUUGUCGCAGAGAAAAAACUAAAGCAAAACAAAAUAUGAUUUAGUUACAUGUCUCAAGGCGUGUGUAGUUCUAUGUAAUUUCAAACCACCAGAUUUACUCAACCACAAACAAACUCAAACUCAUUUUGGAGACACUGCACACUCCUUCAGUCACACUCACUUCUGCAUGUAUAAGAAACACUCACAGCCACUCUCCCCCCUGUACGAGAGUGUACUAACUGUUCACUCUGGGUAACAUUUGUCCGUAAACUCUCGUUUCUAUGUCUUGCUGAAGAUCACACAGAGAACUAACAUGUAAUGCUGUGUCAUUAACCCUCUUCCUUAGCUUCUUCUUCUUCUUCUCUGUCAUGUUAUCUAACCUCGUCAAACCUGUGCUCUCUUUCAGCUCAGGGCCUUUGAUGAUGAGAUGGAUAUGCCUAAGGUUGUUUCUUCUUUUUCUUCUACCCGUGUCCUUGAUUCCCUGAGCUGCUGUCUGUUUUCGUGCAGUAGUUUGUUUUGUAACUGUACUGCAGCAGCUCCUGUGGCUGUGUGUUGUAGUUCGUAGAGGCUGGUAGACCCAGUAGUAGAUUUACCUGAGAGAUAGAGAUAGAGGUGAAUGCAGUGGCUUGACUGUGUGUUACUCAACAGACUCGUCAUUAUUCCCAGCUCCAAGGUUAGUCACUCGUGGGCCUGGCAAGCCGCCAGUGCUGCAUUUGCUUUUGCACAGUGUCCUUACGUUGAACAUUUAACACGCUCUACUUCCUGCUAACAUAAGCAUGGCAUGUACGGAAAGUAACUUGGGACAUUUAUUCUGUACUUUUUGACAUUAUCUCCCGUUCUGCAUUUAGAUCUGCACAUUUUCCUCAUUGAGGAUAUCAAACAUGCUCUACUUCUUCCCAAUACAAGCCUCACAAACAUGUCAACUGAUGGGGAGAAAGUCAAAAUUGGGAUAUAUGUGCUUGAAAACAUGUCAUUUUCACCUUUUUGUAAAAAUGUAAACGAUUUAUUUCCUUCUUAUAUAAUCAGUAUGAUGCAAUCAGAGAGGUCAUUGGGUGAGAGAUUGAUAAGAGAUGAAAAAUGUUGGAAUAAAGACAGAAUAAGGCACGAAAUGUGUCAAUCAGUGGUUAGUGAUCUGAAAGCAAAACUUGAUUUUAAGAAGUUAAAGCAAGAAAUUCAAGAUGCAUAUCACAAAUGAAACUUUCCCUUUAAGGUUAAGAACGAUAACUCCCUCACAAUAAUAUAAAGCUUGGCUCCAGAUUUGUAGUUGCUAAGGUUUAAAUGACUGACUUGAUCACAGGAAAGCCACAAAAGUUAUGUCAGUUCCUCGCCUCCCUUUUUGGUCAUGCACUGCUUUUACUGUCUGCGUCAAUGGUCAGCUUUCUACAGGGUGUUUCCCCUGCAUCUCUGUCAGGUGCCAAAAGGGGGCACUCUGACUGUGCGUGUGUGCCGCCUAUGUGUGCGUAUUAAUGAAUGUGCCGGGCUGUGGCAGUCAUUGAGGCUGUGUCCUAGUUUUCUUUGCCUGAGAGCUGCACGAUUCCUGGGCCCCUGCCAACUCUGGGCCGAGGUUACAUAAGAACCCAGCUUUUUUUUUCCUGGAACUCAGCCCCUCCGCUGAUGUGUGACCUUCAGCAGUAAUUGCCAAUAAAAGUGUGGAGGAGCUGUUUACCCACACUGCCAGUGUGUGUGCGUGUGUGCACACCUGUGUGUAUUAAUGCAAGUUUGUACACGAAGGGCUGUUUGCGUGAGCGCGUGAGAAAUAGCAAGAGAUGAUCCGUGCACACACACCUGUUAAGUACUGUCUGCCUCUCUUUCUCUCUGUCUGUCUGGCUGUCUGUCUAUCCGCACACAAAAUGCAGUUCUGAUGUAAGAGUGACAGAUGUGUUGAAACCUGCUCCUCUCACCCCCAAUGCUCUAACAAGUUCUUUAUUACCCCGCAUUAUCUCCACUUCUACUCGUCAGUGGAUGCAAACACACACCCACUCGCUGUUCGCUUAAUGAAGGUGUCUGAUGAUGUGUAGGUGCGAUAUAAAAGUGCUCCUUUGGCUCCUGUUUCCUCUUUUGACCUUUGAGUGAAACAUUAAUAGCAUAUUAUAUCACCUAACAGCAACAGGGUGUGAGCUUGUUGAGCGGAAUGGUGACUUAUGUGGGUCACAAGUGGUAUUCUGCACCGAGAGCUAGUAGCACGGCAUACUUUGGUGUUAAGAAUAAUUUCGGGGAUCCUUGAUGUCAUUUGUUAUGACAAACCUGAAAGCUGCAUUUGAAGUAAAAGUUAGCGUCUAAAUCAAAUCUGUAAAUAGGAAUAUUACAGAAUCCAGAUAGCAUGAGGUGUAUUCCUGACCUCCCCGAUGUGUGCACAGCACUGCAUUGCUAAAUGUCAGUGAGGUGAUUAUCAGCUAAAUCCAUCGGUCUUUGGCUGUCAGACUUAUGUAAGAGCCAGAGGAGUGCAGGAUACACAGUGUUGGGCUUUUUACUCGCAAGCUCCCCUCUUCACCUGGCCUCUUGUGUGUGUGUGUGUGUGUGUGGUCUAGUCAGAGGAGUUAUAUAAGAACUCCAUGUUGGAAUAAGUCAUGUUUCAUCGCUUCCACGUCUCUGUUUCUAACCCUGCUUCCUCACCUUUCGUUAUUUCACUCAUCCGUGAACGUGUGUGGAAGUCAAACCUCUUUAAGACAAACUCCGGCUCGUUUUUAAGUCCCCUUAGCACAUUUUCCUUCUACGCUCACAGUGGUAUUACCCACUCUGGUCAGGAGUGUUAAAGUAAUUUUACAGCCCUGCCGUGGAAGUAGGUCAGUUACAGGAAAAUAGCAGACUACAUGUCUCUUGAUUUAGUCUACAUUUCUGUGUGCGUAUAUGAAGUAGCCAAGUGGUUUUUAAAUGAGUAAGCUUGUAAGGCUAUUUACACACACCCAAAAAAACACACCCACACAAUACCGUGGAAUUAACUCUUAGUGUGCUUGUUUGUGUGUUUUGUGUUUUGUGCGUGUUUUCUGUAUUAAUGAUCUGAAAGGUGUGAGACCAAUCAGGGAUUAUCCCCGGGGAGUUUCCAGUGUGCACGACUGCACAGAGUGAGGGAGGAUGUGGCAGCUGUGUGGGGGUUACGCUGUGGUUUCUAUGGUCGGACUAGGGACGAUAUAAGUGGAUGUAUCUCCUCCUAUCAGCAUAUCACUUUAUGGUUUGAUGUGGUGACAGUAAAAGAAAGCUCAAGCUGCACCAGUGUGUGUGUGUGUGCGUAUGUGUGUGGCCCCCUGACUCUCAGGUGAACUCUGCCCCAGUAUACUUUGUGUUCAGCUGGGAGGAAGUCUGUAGCUGUUCAUGUGAAAAGGGAGAUUUUACUAUUCAAAGUGUGUCACAUGAACAACUGUGUGGUUUUUGUUUUUUCAUUCAGUUUAGUAUUCACUCAAACUGUAGAUUUUUGCUUUUCUUUAUAGGUAUGACAAAAUUAAAUAAUAUUCAUUCAUUCAGGUUUUUAAAAGGUAUUUUUUUAGAAGUUUUUCAAAGCUUUUAGAAACAAAACUUUAUAUAUAGUGUGUCAUAUAAGGCGCUGUAAAGCACAGGACAUCUGCACAGAUGUUUUCUAUCAGGCCAGCUCUGCAUUAUAAAUAUUAAAGGCUUUUCCCUGGACUUUUUAAGUCAGGUCCAGAGGGUACUGUUCUCUGGCAGUGGUUUUCGAAGUGAAGUGAGGGAUUUAUUUUCACUAAAAUUCCAUCAAUACACAACCCACAUCGCGAAUGUAUAAGUUAUUACCCUAAACAUUGAAAAGAGAUUUUAUGUUCAUCAGCGGACUGAUUAAGUUAAGGGAUGAUAACCACUGAAACCAGAGCUUAUCCUUUAAAAAACCUAAUUUGCUGCAUGUGUUUAACAACCGUUAACUUAGAUUGAUUUAUGGAUCCAAGGCAUGUGAUUUAAGUUUUGUAUUUUUUAUAGGUUUCUGUUUCAUUUUGAUUUUUUGUUUCCAAUUUUCAAUUAAACUUAUCAAACUUUAAAUAAAAGUUUUGAUCAAUUUCAAUGCUUUCACAUUUUUUGAAUGUUAUCAUUAUUAUUAUUUAUUUUUUGUAAAAUAGGAUAGGAAAGUACCAGAGAAGUAUUGUGAAGGUGGUAACAUCAUACAAUUUUAAAAACUCGAUUAAAUUAAAAGUAAUUAAAACACACACACACACACACACACACACACAUACAUGUCAAAAUCAACACAACCCGAAGGUUCUUCACACCAUUCUUCUUCUUCUUAACGGUAGUGAACUUUUAAGACUUAGUUCUGUGAUAAAUAUUUUUAUGUUGCUGUGUACAGUAAUAACCCUGAUCGAGAAAACAUUAUAGUCGCUCUCCCACCUUUUCAAGUUAGUAAGUGAAAUUUUUUGUCUUAUUUUUGAAUAUUUUUGCAUCCUUUGAUGACAUACAUAAUAGGUAUGUAUUGGGUGGAAAACUGAAUGAAAGAGUGGAGAAACUAAGCGGUUGCUCCCAUUCAGCCCAGGAAAGAAUGAAUUAUGUUUUUUUAUGGAAAUUUAAACACCUGCAGAUGAUAUUACAACGUAUGACUGAGCACUUCUCACAAACAGUAUCAAAACACCAGUUGAGGGAAUGUCUUUGGGAGGAACUGGGUUUUGUUGAGACACAGGUAGAAAUUAUGUCAGAUGGGGCCCCUCACCUUGGAUACAUACUGUGGUACAUAGCGGCCCUGACCUCAACUGAAAGAUAGGGACGAGUUUACCUGACAAACUUAAUGUGUUUGUUAUCCUCUCAUUCUCUCUCUCUCUCUCUCUCUCUCUCUCUCUCUCUCUCUCUGUCUAUGUGUGUGUGUGUGUGCGUCCAGCACUCACUCUUCCUCUGGCUGUUUUCAGUGACAGAUGGCCACUGUAAGCAGCUCCAUGUCACUGGUUCAGUGGCCUGGUUCCUUUUGGAGUGAUUAUGUAACUCUAACCCCAUCGCCCCCUCGUGUCUCCUCUCCCAUCGCCCGCCCCUCCAAGUGUGUGUUUUUACAUAACAGUUUAUAUGGAGCAUUGCUUUUUACCAGCUUCCUACUCCCUCAGAGAUCUCAGACUGUAGGCAGAGGUGUCUCAGGGAAGAACUGUUGUUUGUUUUAACCAUUGAAGAAGUUUGGAAAGAAAAACACAAGGAAUCUGAGUGGUCUACAGCUGAUUACUCUGUGCUUUUUCUAGCUCAGGAUUUGACUCAGAGUGAGAAUCUCACUCCUUGUGUUCACUCAUCCCUGACUUAAAUGACUGCUGUGGUGUGAUGUUCGGCUUUUACUCAGUUUUCACUUACGUAUUAAAAAGAAUAGUUUGACAUUUUGGAAAAUGUACUCACCAUCACUGUGACUAGCUGAGACACCAGGAAGUGCACCUAGCUAACACAUACCCACUCAAAGCCAAAUAUAUUCCUUUUUCCUCCACCUCACAGCUAGUGGGGACAAACAAAUUGACAUUGUUGUGUCAUGAAGUAAGCUUUAAAGAUUAUUUUUUUUUAGCUAUGUUAGCUUCCUGAACAAACCCCAUUGCUGUAAUUUAAGCUUAGUUGCCAGGCCUAACAUUGACUACAAUUCAUUAAGCUGAAGUUUUUAGCUUUAUUUGAUAGCUAUCUCGAUCUUCACAGAUGACUUUGUAGAGGACAAAAACCAAAUAAGUUUAUGAACCCAAAAGUUGGAGUACUCCUUUAAAUCUGCAACUUGAAACCAAGCUAAAAAAAGGAGCUACAUUAGAAGUUUUAUUUAACAAGAAUGCUACAAAGAACCAAAAGCUCCUAGAUAUUUUAGAGGACAGGAAUAAAAUAAAUGAGGAUAGAUUACGCUGGGUAUGUCACAUUUAUAAGCAGCCACAGUGUAACCUUUUCUCAGCUGCUAUUUUCCCCUGGUUUCAAACACAGUAGUAAGUGCAUGGUUGCUAACACUCAGCAGAUCUUUGCAUGGCCACUGAAAACAGCUAAAUGGGUACAUGAUUAACGCCAUUAACCUGACAUUUCUCUUAUUCUGUGCUGCAUGGAUACUAACACUGUGUGUCUAUUUGUUUGAUCACUUUGCUCACACUCCUCACUGCACCCAGCAGCUGGAUGAGAACCAGCCUGAGAAGCUGUUAGAGGACCAGAAGAGGGUAGGUACUCUCUGAAGUAUGGCAGCACAACUCACAAACCAGCACUGUCCAGAUUCAUUAAUCUGUCCCAUCUCAAGGUUGGAUCUUUGUACAUCAAACAAUGAGUUUGGUUUAGACCUGCUCUUUUGGAACGCGUCUUGGAAUAACAACUGUUUCGAUUUGGCGCAAUAUAAAUUAAGAUUGAUUCAUUCAUUCAUUAAGAGAAGCAAAUUUUAUAUGAACAGAGGUAACACACCUUUGUGUCAUCACUUCCUUUUAACACUAAAAGCAACACCUGACCACUUAUUUCCAACUACAUGAUUCACUAAAGGAGGGAGAGAAGAGUGAAAGAUGGACAUUGUUUGGUAUUAUCACAGGUACAGUUGCUAUGACUGCUUCAUAGGCGAGGUGCAGCAAAGUGUUAAUUGCCCUGUUCACAGACAUCAGCAGCCAAUGUCUGUCAUUUUGUAUCAGCUUAAAGGUGGGGUAGGCAGAAUCUGAGGAAGUGCCAGUUUUUGGGAGAAAUCUUGAAUGUAAACUCUACCCCUCCCAACCAGUUUUCCCCUCAGCUCCUCCUCUCCCCUCCUUCUCUGCUCCAACAAGCCCCGCCCACAAACAGACGCUUGCGCUCGCUCGUAUUGUUUCAAUUAAAUUCAGAUAUAAUGCAGAUAAAUACUUCAGAUAAUUACAAAUGGGGCCCAGUCAACGUGAAAGUAAAACGCAUUGGUGCUACUGUAGAUGCCAACAGACUACCAGCAAACACAAUGUUAGCAGGACUUCUAAAACUAGCAUUAAGUGACAUAGUCCAGGACCCAAGGUAAACAGUUAAGCAGCGCUACAACAUGCAGCAGGUCCCUUGUGACAAGAAACACUUCUGUUUCAGACAAUAAGCUUACUUUGUUAAUGUGGUUUACCUGUCCAGCAGAAAGGAUACAGGGUCUGUAAGAUCCUGAAGCGGCCCCCAUGUUUAUGCCUUAUUAAUGUUGACCCGGCUUUUUAGCUCUUUUCCAGUCUACCUCCUUUUUAAGCGCCCCUUAUUCCGCCAGAGUCUCCGGUAUUUACUUCGUUUUCUUGCUUGUUUUGGCAGUCGUGGCCAAAGGAGGAUUCAGACAGUUUUCUGUACUUUCUGAUUGGUUUCUACUGUCUGAUAUUGUAGCACGCUAACUUUGUGUGGGCUCACGCACAUUAUUCAAGAAUGUGGAGUGUGCUUUUCAACAUGAGGGAGCAGUGUCCGCCCCACAACCAAUCAGGUAGGGGGAGGCGGAGAAUGGCAUUGUUUACGUUCAGAAAAAGCGGGCCACUUAAUAACUUUAAAAUUUUGACUACACAGACAUAACAGAAUCCAGCGAUAGCGUGAUAUUACCAAAUGUCAUCAAUAACUAAUAGCUAUUGACUGAUAUUAAAAGCUUUUUUGUAGAUACACCACAAAGAAUAUGCUUUUUUAACAGAAUCCUGCCUACCCCACCUUUAAUGCACUGAACUGCUAAUUUGGAGGACGUUUUUGAUUCAGGCAGAAGUCACCUGAUAUGUUUUUACAAUAACAUGUGACUGAAAAUGUCAGCCGAGUCAAAACAUCACACAUCGUCUGAGGGAGAUAUUGGGCAUGUAGUUUCAGUGACAUGUUCUGGUGACCUUCAGUGGGGAAUUUUUGAUCUCGUUGCUCAUUUGAAAAACAGGCUGCAAGAAUGACAAAGAAUUGAUAACAAAAACAUUGAUAUCAUAAUCAGCUGUGGAAUAAUUUGUUAUCUUUAACACCAGUACUGGCCCUGACUGUGGAGUUAUUGGGGUCAAGUUUUAAUAAACUGGUUUAGAUGAUACUCAGACACCAUGAGUAUUGGGCGAAUGAUUCAACACUCAUGCAAAGGGCAGUAUUUCCCAGUGAGACAAUAGAAUCUCAUUUUCAUCAUCGUCAUUUGACACGUCAUUUUACACAUGCCACAUACAGUUGAUUAAAUUCCCUCCAGAGGAAUAUGAGAAUAGUGUUCUUCACGCCUCCUACAUAGACUAAUAAGACCUCCAGAGCGUAGCGAUGGCGGCACAGCUUAUAUAAUCCUGCUGUCGUCUGUCAAGGACCACCCACAGCUGACAAUGAUUUGCACAUAAUCAUCCACAAACACACAAAAAAACACACUCUCUCUUUCAUUUCCUUCACUUCAUCCCAUGGGAGGUCUGUCAGGUAGCUCUGGGCCUUGGUUGCUAUGACGACCGUAAAGUCGUGCUGAUAGCUGCUGAGCAGUGGAUGAGUCACAGUGUGGGAGGGCUGGGCUCAGGUUUGUCUAAGGGAAAACUAGGCGCCCACCCUGUCACUACAGGGUCGCUCAGAGCUAAUAAUGAGGACCGGAUCAAUGAUAAUGAGGCUAAUUUUUCAUAUGUCUGCUGGUGUUCUUUGACGAGUAUUGACAUCGAGGGUGUCCUUGAAAUCUAUCGUACACAUUUAAUGAUACGUGGUUGCUCAUAAGUAUAGUUUCCAGAGUGUGGCAGGCUUUCACUCACUGAAGUCUGUGGGUGUUUUGGGGUCUUUGAACGCAUCAAGAUUGCACAAUGAAUAACUGAUGAUGUGUGUUUUCCCUGUUAUACAAGAGCUCCUCUCCCCGUUGCUGACAUCAUGCUAUUACAUCUUUUCCUUUUUUUCCUCCCGUAGGGCGAGGCACUCAGACAGAUUCUGGUGAACCGUUACUAUGGCAACUUUCAUCGAAGUGGUGGGCGGAGGGAAAGCCUGACGUCAUUUAGCAAUGGUCCCCUCAGUCCAGUGGGACCUGGCAAGAACCAAUCAGGUGAAACUGUUGUUGUUUUUUUAUACACCGUCAUAUUGAAGUUUGUUAUUAAUUCUUUCGCAGCAGGAAGUGAUACGUGCAUUUUAGCUGUUGCAUACCGGGCCAUGAAAACAGAUGUCAACUUCUCCAACUUCUGGACUGAUCUCUUUGUGAAACAUUAACCAAAGAUUCCCGUUAGAGAGAGAGACAUGACUUUGCCAUCAGUAAUGACUGUCAGGGAGCAAAGUUCAGAAAAGUCUUUUUCGUUUCGGUCAGCCAAACUGUUUUCUGCCCCUGUAGUUAUAGUAAAGCCAGGCUCUGUCAGUAAUGUUACAUAAGGAUAGGAGUGUGUCUGGCCCCGAGUCUCUUAUCAGCUUCAGAGCUAUCCUGUGAGCUGCCCUUUGAGCACGCACAGCACAAUACUCUUAUCUUUACAUGAUAGCAUGGUCAUUGUGUUACUAUCUGCAGUCAAAACACUGAAACACGGCAGAUCUGUGUAAAGUCUCUGCCUUUAUUUGAAUUAUGCGUUUUGAAAUGCAGAGCAUUUUAUCUGCAUGCAGAUUAGAUGGACUUAUCGGUGGUAUGUGUGUGGGGGGUCUCUGAGUGUCAUAUAAAUUCAGAAUGGCUGCACAUUUAAUAACAUUUUCACAUAUAGUGAGAAAUGACUGUGAAACUAUCAUGCAUGCAUGUUAUGCAUAUUGCAUGUUUAUAUUUUAAAUGUUGCUAGGAGACAGGGUGCUACUUCCUGUGAAAACAGCUGUUGCAGAUUCAAUAGCUAGGCUAUGAACUCCACAUGAAUCUUUAGCUCAGGCCUCAGGAGGGGAAACAUGCCGCAGAUUCAUACACAAUGUACAGCUGGCAGCGUCUACAGGCUUAGCUUCACAGUAGUUAAAAAAACAGAGUUUGUAAAAACUUGUCUUUAAACAUUCAACUUUAAAUUUUCAAAAACGGAAAAAGGCACCACAAGUAGAUUCAAUUUGCAUUUCUGAUGAAGUAUAUUGUGGUUGUAAUGAAUAUUUUAUACAGAUUUUACAAACUUUCAAGGGCGAGGUCAGUAAAAACUUGUUGAUGAAUUUUGCAUGCACAGGUCUGAGUUUCAGGCCUUUUGUCCUCCCUGUUUUCCACGAUUCUUUGUUUAAUAUUUAGGAUCCAUUUUGAAUGCAGCGAAUAUUAUUGCUGGACUGGUUUUCUGUUUUUCCAUAGAUAAGAAUAGAUAAAUAAUAGUAGUGGUGUGCUUUUUAAAAAAAUGGUGAAUGGUAAAUGGUAAGUGGACUGUUUUAUAUAUAAUGCUUUCUUUAGUCCUAUGACCACUUAAAUUGCCUUUACAUUACAUGUCACAUUCCCCCUUUCACACCACAUUCACACUGAUGCCAGAGGCUGCUAUGUAUAGAGCCCAUCAGUUUUUGACUAAUCCCAUUCACAUACCACUGGGCGCACCAAUGGGGUCAAAUGUGGACUGUGACCUGGGAUUGAACCCCUCAGCCUUCUGGUUUGGAAACAACAGACUCAGCCACUCCCAUUUAACCACAGUCGCCCCUAAGAUAAGAGGAUGUGUUGCUGUAAUUUCAGUGCUUUUUAGCCAUAGCCAAGAGAAAAAGAAGAAGUUGAUGAAGAAAUAUUUUGAUGAAAAUAAAUGAAUCAGUCAUAGCAUGGACAUGCAUUUUGUUAAGACUUUCUGACGUUUUAAAAUACUUAAAACUGUCUUCAUUUGUUGCCAGACAGUUAAAUCUUAAGCUCCUGCAAACAGAUCCUUUAUCCAGAGUCCUUGUCUACUUUCAAAAGACCCAGCUCUUUAGAGAACACAAUGCACUCAGCUAGACUAGUCUCCACUGUUGUCCACAGUGGUUAAAUGAGCCUCCUAGCUACAGUCCUGCUCUACUCUGGGAAUUUAUGUUCAGUAUCUGAGUGACCCAGCACUCGGUAUCUUUAUAAUUUUGUGGUGAAGACAAGUUAUUUGAUGGUGAUGACAAAAGGUUUUAAAUUGAUUGAUUGCUUUAGUGUUAAAGUUCCUUAUUUAAAAAAAUAACAUUAUAUUAAAAUAAAAAAAUAAUUUAAAAAAAUAUUAAUUACCGUUGUGUUUUCACUUGUGUUACCCUUAGAUUUACAUACUUCCUUAACGCUCAGUGGCUAAAAACAGACACUACCAUUGACUGCUGUAAAAACAUAUUGGAUUCAUAUUUUUCCAGAUUUUUUUUUUUAUAUAUCUCUUAAUUAAUUUCUGCUCUAUUCAAAACUAGUAAAUGUUUCAUUAAGAAUCCAAAUUUUAACCCUUUAAGGACCCAUUUAAAACAUAAAGUCACUAAUAUUGGGAAAGAAAUGGGAGGAAAAUGACUGAUUUUUAUUAGAUUUAUUUUCUACCAUAUCAGUGACACUAUGUUUUGAAUGGACUAGUUUUGAUCAAAGCAGAAGUUAUUUAAGAGAUAUAUGAAAAAAAGGGAAAAAAAAUAUUAACCCGAUAUGUUUUUACAGCAGUCAAAGUUAGUGGCUGUUUUUAGCCACUGAGCGUUAACAACAGAUGAAAAUUUGCCCAGCGGGUAUUUUUGGACUGGUGAAAAUUUUAAGUUAUAUUCUCAAAGUGUCCAUCAAUAUAAGCAUCUGCACAAAAAAUCAUCCUAUUUGCUGCUGUAAAAAAAAAAAUUACGUGGAAAUUAGUGGCUAAAUUUUGUCCCUAGUGGCUGAUUUUAGCCUCAGCGUUACACAAGGGCACUGCUUGGCAGUACCUGUGUCCAGAUAGACUUGAAGCACUCGUUGCUCUUACCGAUCUUGUUUCCUCUUGUCUAGAUCUUUUCUUGUGUUGUUCUUGUUCUUGCUCUUGUGUGUUCGUGACUUUAGAUAAAAGCGUCUGUGCAAUGACAUUGUAACAUUGAUGACCUUAGAAAUUAUUAUUUUCAUGGACCAUAUUCCUCAUAAUGGAGACUCUAAUCUGUCCGUCUUCGUGUGUCAUACAGUGUUGGGGGUUUCAGGGGGGCUGAGUCGUGGGGAAAUGAGCCUAGCUGAGGUUCAGUGUCACUUGGACAAAGAAGGAGCCUCUGACCUGGUCAUCGACCUCAUCAUGAACACCACCAGUGACCGUGUCUUCCAAGAAAGCAUCCUACUGGCGAUUGCACUACUGGAGGGUGGAAAUACUACCAUCCAGGUCAGUGAACCAACAAUCUAAGUCAUGCCUAAGCAGCUAAAGGAAUAUCUGACCUGCCUGAAUCUUUAACGGAAAAAAAAUCACACACUCACCUACUGACCUCACUACAAACUGUAACCGACCUGGGUUAGCAUUCGCACUUAAGUCCGCUUUAUCUUACAAUGCAUCUGUAAAGGAUCUGCUACAAUCAGAUUGGGGAAAUGAACACAAUAGUGUGUCAUGGAUGAUGGUUUUCAUUACUAAAGGAUCUGCAGUAUUUAGGUCAGUGUGCCACCAUAUCUGCUCAUAUACAUUACUAAGGCAGCUCUCUUCCACUUCAUAUCCAGAACUAAAUCUGCUCGUUUUAAGGCCGUAGCAGCUGCUUAUAAAGACAGGAGUUUGUUGAUCGUGUUCGGUUCAUUAUCUUUAGUUUUGAUCAGUUUGGAUUUCUCUCAUAUUAGCUUUAGCUUUUAGCUGGAGGCCAUGGUCAUUUUCUUUCUAUUUGCUUUUAAGAAAAGCAACUCCUCUCCUUCUAUUUGUCACUUUCUACCUCUCUUUCUUUUACUUUCCAUGUCUGUUUCUCCGUCUGAUUUCCUCCUCUUUUCCAUCCAUCCAUCCGUACGUCCGUUCGUGCGUUGGUCUGUCUGCAUGCUGUUGUGUAAGAGCGGAGCUUGCAUAAUCAGGUUAGAGCGAGGAAGCCGCUGUGGCAGAGAUAAUGCUUUGGCUUCCCACGGCUGCUGCAGAGCUACGUCACGUGAUCUGUCUGUGUUACAUAAGGCCUGUGUGAAUGAACAAUGAGGAAUGUCUCAGCCUUCAAAACAUUCCAGCCUCUCUCCCUCGCGCUCUCUCCUGCCGGCCCAAACUGGGUCAUGCUGGGCCUCCGGAACUGGGGCAGUGGGGAGAGAGGGCGUGGGGGGGAGGGGGGCGAACAUCGAGGAGAUUGAAGAGAAGCCGGUGCUCCUCUUACCCAAGAUUUUUUUCUUUUCAAAGGCCGAUUUCUCUGAGCAAAAUGACUGCUCUUGAAAUGUGCCAUAUACUACAAAAUACUGAAGUUCUUUGAGAUAUCGGAUUUUUCCCUUAUUAUCUGAGUUUAACUGAACCCUUUAAUUAAAGCAGACAUCUACUAAUUCGAUUCACUGUUUGUUUUUAAUUACAGUCAAAAGUGUGACAUCCUGCUGAUAGCGCGGGUUCAAUAAUCAAGCAUGCCUUUGCAAAAAAAAAAAAAAAAAAAAAGUUGAAUUUACGUCUAACUCUCUGUGCUCUCUUUAAGAAGGCCCACAAAUGAAAUACUCGACAGCUGUUGUCAGUGCCUUUGACUUUGACAUGCUGAGCUGAGCACCUGUUGGUUCCUGAAUAUCUUGUUCUCACGUAACACAGUUAACUAUUUACUCGUGACCUACAAAGCACACGCAAAUAUACCACAAAAAACAUCUCUGCAUUGCAUGCUGUUACACACACACACCCUUUCCUUCUUUCUGCUGUUAUGUAAAGCUAGAUGUCCCGAGAACUUUAAUUUUUAGCUGUCAGCACCUUCUAGAGAUUUCAACCCCUCACCGCUCUUGUUAUUCCUAUCUCAUUCCUGCUAAAACAGAGCUCUGUCAGCUUUAAAUAAUGUUGUGACAUGUGAGUUUUGACAUUCAACUUUUCAGCCACAUGGCUCGUUCCACCAUGACUUGCAGUUUUUGACAGUGAUUGAUAAGAGGCAAACAAAGGUCUGCAGAAACUCUCUUUGGGGGUGAAAAAAAACAAGGAGAAGUAAGGUUAAUGUGUUGAAACAAGGAAGAAUUAAAGGAAAGAGGGGAAAGGGUUUGUAGGAGAGCACAUUUUCAGUUCCUCUUGGGUUUGCAUGCGGUGCUGCCUGACACGAGAGGGAGGGCGAGGAGGAAAGAGAGCGCGAGUAUAAAUAGCUGUUACAUAACAUCCCUUUGUUGAUGCCAAGUGGCAGAACGGAAGGAGAGAAGGGAAAGCGCUCUGACCUUGUUUUUCAGUGUUGUCCGCCCCCAACUCGCCCCGCUCCUCUCUGUCUCAUUUCACUCAGGGUUUGUCGCCAUGGAUACAGACAUGCUCUGUGUUUACCCAAACUACAGGAGGCCCCUGAGAUGAUCAUCUAGCCUUCUCAUCUCCUUUCUUCCUCUCCUCCAUCCCUCUCUGUUACUAUCAAUUUAGUCUCUCUUCGGCCACCACACAUUACAUCAUCCCUCCAUCAUACCACUCUUGUCUUUGAUUUUCAAGUGCUAUAAAAACACAGAUGGCGUCUUGGUAAGGCAGCACAGAUUCAUGUCAGAGAGUGAGAAGACAAGUAAUAAAAAACAUGACAGAAGCCACAACUGGUUUGACAUGACAGCUCAGGUUUCUUCUUUUGAUUUAUACACAUCACAUCAUUUCUCAAGAAACCCUGACACCAAAGUUUGCUGUGAUGUUUUUCCUUUCCUAUGGUUGUUCCUUUUCAAAGUAGAGGCUUUGUUUCACUGACUCACACCAUCCGCUGAACUCAGCUCAAUUCUUAGAAACAGGCCCUUUAAAGAAAGGAUCUUUCAUUGAGCUGCCGCAGGCGAAAAACUUCCACUGCUGGAAUGAAACAAUUAAUAACUCUUACAUGACCGAUACACUCCCCACCUCGCCAGCAUUAAUCAAACAAACUUGCCACUAACGCAGUGAAAUUCAAUAGUCGAGCUAGCCUGCACGCAUAAUAUGAAACAGGCCUGCUGGCUCGGCGCUCAUUCUGCACACUCUCACUGUACGCAGCUUCUCCAACACGCCACAUCCUCGCAACGUUUAAUAAAAAUGAGGCAGUGCAAAAUGAAUGCGAUUACAUAAGGACAAAGUUGGCAGUGUUUGAGUUUGCGGGAGAAUACUGUAUUGCGGAGCAUGUGUGAUAUGUGGGUGUGUCCUCUCAAAAUUGGCAUGUGCCUAUGUUGGAGACAGCUGACCCAGUUUUCAAGUGUGAUAGUCAGUGGGUGGAUUAGCUUAUGCACUCUUAAGCUUGGGUGUGCUCGUACUGUAUGUGUGUGUAUUUGUGUGUGCGCGCGCUUGUUAUGUAAUGGUGAAGGGAGGGGGAGUAGGGGUGACGGUGAAUGCUUUUCCCUCUGUUUGCUCUGCUAGAAUCAAUGUGUGUUAUACUGGAGCUUUGCCUGAUGUCUCCCUCACACCCUUGCUGCUGGGGGGGGCAGAGUUAUGUGAGCACAGAGGCUGACCAUCACUCUCCUCACUCAUCUCUGUCCUCUGUCUACACUGUGGGCUGAAGAGGGUUGCCGGCGGUGCAGCUAAUUCCUCCUCUGCAGCCUCUUCCCUGUCAUCAAGUUGUUGAUUGCAUGACGGCCUUGCAUGGCAGCCCCCCUUCUUCCCGCCUCCCCCUCCCCUCGCCGCUAUGCAAUCUCUUCGUCCCUGAGCGUUGGCAGAGUGUGUACGUGCAGAAGGGCUACUGCUCGACAGUGCAGGAGUGCCGGCCAGGGUGGGGCACAAUAAGGCUGUGGAAUUUGCUUUGAGGCACAAGCGCAGGGUUAUGUAAUUGUUUUUUUUUUGAAGAAAUUUGGCCAAAUAUCUGGGUUAACCCUUCUCUGUGUUGUAAUGAUAAGCUGCACACACUCACUUGUUUGGACACUUUGGCAGUUAAAUUCAGAUGAGGCCGUUUAAGAUAAAAAUCCAGUGCAUAUAAUCAUGUUAACAAAAACACCCUGAGGCUGAGACCUUGAAGCAGGGAGAACAAGGGAUGUUUUGUCUGUUUUGCCUAAUGUUAUCCUUGUGACUAUCAUAUAUUUGUUUCCUCCACUAGCCCAGUUUUACAUCUAACCUGGAAAGACUGGUGGUUAUGUAACAGAUUUGAGAACUGGCCUAGAUACCACCUGAUAACACUCCCUCCCUCCCUACCUCUUACUCUUGUUUCCCCUUUCCAAUUCACCUGUUUUUUUUCUUUUCCACUUUGUACUCCCUAAUUCCUUCUUUGGUGUCUCUGGCCUCUGGCAUUUCUACUCCCCUCUCUUCAACAUCUUCCUGGUUCUCUGUCUGUGUAAGUGGGCCAGGCUUCACCGUCUCGUGUCUUUUUUCACCCUGCAAGUGUGGUGAGGCUUCUGCAUGUUGAAGCCUUUCCAUAGGCAGCGGCAGCAGCAGAUAACAGCUCUUACAUAAUCAAAACAACAGCCCUGUGGGUUGGGACACGGUGUGCUCGCGGGCUGCAAACUGUUCUAAUUCUGCGUGACCCCAUUCCACAGUAAUAACUGCAGCGUUUAAGCCUUUGCAUGGCAGUAAAUCCCAACUCUCUGCUCUGUGGAUUAUGGGGGUCAAGUUAAGACCAUGUUGUUUGAAUGGAGGGAUUAAAUUUUUUGAAAGAAUAAAAAGGAUGAACAGUUUUAAAGAAUUUUUUUUAAAAAUGGAGUGUAAAAUUUUGCAACAUAACCGAUUUACAGUUUCAGUUUCAUGAUCAUUUGAUCUUUUUUGCAGAUGCAUGGUGCUUCAACUUUCUGAGGAUGACAUAUAGCUUUUUAGAUUUGUCUUAAAAAAGUUUAAAAUACUGAAAACUGCUGGUAAAAAUGCCAACAAAUUCUCAUAAAUAUCUUCAAACAACUUGCAUUAAUAAUUGCAAGCUAAUUAUUAUAUUUCAGAUUAAUUUUUGAAAUAGAAAAGUACAAAACCCAAUUCCAUUGAAGUUGGGAAAUUGUGACAAACGUAAAUAAAAACAGAAUACAAUGAUUUGCAAAUCCUUUUCAACCCAUAUUCAAUUGAAUACACUACAAAGACAAGAUAUUUAAUGUUCAAACUUUUUUUUUUUUUUUUCAAAUAAUUACUCAGAAAUAAUAACUCAGAAUUUCAUGGCUGCAACACGUGCCAAAGUAGUUGGGACAGGGGCAUGUUUACCACUGUGUUACAUCACCUUUCCUUUUAACAACACUCAAUAAACGUUUGGGAACUGAGGAGACUAAUUGUUGAAGCUUUGAUGGUGGAAUUCUUUCUCAUUCUUGAUUGAUGUACAGCUUCAGUUGUUCAACAGUCCGGGGUCUCUGUUGUCAUAUUUUACGCUUCAUAAUGCACCACACAUUUUCAGUGGGAGACAGGUCUGGACUGCAGGCAUGCCAGUCGAGUACCCGCACUCUUUUACUACGAAGCCACGCUGUUGUAACACGUGCAGAAUGUGGCUUGGCAUUGUCUUGCUGAAAAAAGCAGGGGCUUCCAUGAAAAAGACGUUGCUUGGAUGGCAGCAUAUGUUGCUCCAAAACCUGUAUGUACCUUUCAGCAUUAAUGUUGCCUUCACAGAUAUGUAAGUUACGCAUGCCUUGGGCACUAUUGCACCCCCAUACCAUCACAGAUGCUGACUUUUGAACUUUGUGUGGAUAACAGUCUGGAUGGUUCUUUUCCUCUUUGGCCCGGAGGACAUGACGUCCAUUAUUUCCAAAAACAAUUACAAAUGUGGACUCGUCAGACCACAGAACACUUUUCCACUUUGCAUCAGUCCAUCUUAGAUGAGCUCGGGCCCAGAGAAGCCAUCGGUGUUUCUGGAUGUUGUUGAUAAAUGGCUUUCACUUUGCAUAGUAGAGUUUUAACUUGCACUUACAGAUGUAGUGACGAACUGUAUUUACUGACAGUGGUUUUCUGAAGUGUUGGUUUCCGGCCGUGCCGCUUACUUGCAGUGAUUUCCCCAGAUUCUCUGAACCUUUUGACGAUAUUAUGGACCGUUGAUGUUGAAAUCCCUAAAUUUCUUGCAAUUGUUCUUUGAGAAACGUUGUUCUUAGACUGUUCGACCAUUUGCUCACGCAGUUGUUAACAAAGUGGUGAACCUCGCCCCAUCCUUGCUUGUGAAAGACUGAAAAUUUUUGGGGGAAGCUGCUUUUAUACCCAAUCAUGGCACCCAUCUGUUCUCAAUUAACCUGCUCACCUGUGGGAUGUUCCAAACAGGUGUUUGAUGAGCAUUCCUCAAAUCUCUCAGUAUUUUUGCCACCUUUCCCAACUACUUUGGCACUUGUUGCAGUCAUGAAAUCCUAAAGUUAAUUAUUAUUUGCAAAAAAAAAAAAAGUUUAUUUGUCUGAACAUUAAAUAUCUUGUCUUUGUAGUGUAUUCAAUUGAAUAUAGGUUGAAAUGGAUUUGCAAAUCAUUGUAUUCUUUUUUUAUUUACAUUCAUCAAAAUUUCCCAACUUCAAUGGAACUGGGUUUUAUAUAAAUUACAGAUGUGACAAUCUGAGUAACUUAGAUGAUUUGCUCAGGGAAUGACAGACAACUCAUACGAUCUCUGUUUUUCUCUCUCUUUUUGUUUCCAGCGUUCCUUCUUUUGCCGUCUGACGGACGACAAGAAAUCUGAAAAGUUCUUCCGAGUCUUUUACGACCGUAUGAAACUGGCCCAGCUGGAGAUUAAAGCCACGGUGACAGUUAACACCAGUGACCUGGGAAACAGGAAGAGAGACGAUGACAGCCAGGACAAAGACGUCCCUGUCCGCAAGAAAGGUCAGAGGUCACUUACAAGAACUUUGAACUUUAAUCUAUUUUAAUUUGACUAAUUGUUCAAAUAAUUGAAUUCAAAUCAUUAAGUUUCCUAAUCAAAUUUAAAUGAGAAAGAAGAUUCAUGUGGUUUCUAAUGUAAAAUGUGUCUGUUUAGCGAGAGAAUCAGCUAUUGUCAUGACGGAUGAUGUGCGAGAGCAACUAUUAGAGGCCUCAUCUGCAACCAAGAAAGCCUUUAACUCAUACCGACGUGAAGCAGAUCCUGAGGAGCACUUCAACUCAGCAGACGGCCAGCCCAGCACUGGAGACAAGAACCAAGAUGAGGGAGAAAUGAGUUUUGUCAUCGUCAUAAUGCAGCCCAUCCUUCGCUUCCUCCAGCUUCUCUGUGAGAAUCAUAACCGAGACCUGCAGGUGGGCAGCCUGAGCUUGAGACUCUGCUGGUUCUUAGAUGUCUUUUGGUGUGAAAAGCUCUGACAGAAACAGGAUCACUGCAAGGCAAACUGAUCGAGUUAUUAUGAAUGGUUAUAAUAAAAUGUUGUGAUACUGUUUGGUCUUUUAUUAAGCUGAGAAUAGAGUCCUCGUGUUUACAGAGUUUCUCUUGACCUUUGGGCUCCAUUAGAAUAAAUCAUGGUGGCAAAACCUCUUCUUAGAUGCUGGUUGUAAAUGUUGAAAUACAUUACUCCUCAUAAAGAAAAGAAAAGUAAUUCACUUAACCCUUUUCUUUUUUGUGAUAGAGAUUUGUUCCUGAGGAGACAGAACAGCCAACCACAAGUUAGCCUCUUUUUUCUGUUUUAUCUAGUCAUAAUGUGGGUCAAAAGUUCCACCCUCUUACAUCUACCUUUCUUCAGUACCAACAUUGCUCUGUAUGGGAGGUUAAAGUUGUGUUCAUGUUGGUGAACAAAGCUCAAAGGAAUGCUCUGCAAAACAAAAGAUUUACUUCAAACUGGCCUGUUGGGAUCUGUUUGUGGCGUUGUGACUGCAGAUUUACAUGCUUCUCAUGGGAUGGUCAAGUUUAAAAUAGAAAUAUGGUUGCUCACUUUGUCCGUCUUUUGUCUUCGUAAACCUCUUAGCGUGGCACAGAUGCCAUUAUUUCAUAAGAGCCACACCAUUGUUUUAAUUGAGUUGUUUUUCUGUUUGGCCAUCACCAGACUAAUACUGGUAAAAAGCCCAUUUUAGUCAACACAGACUAACUUUUUUCUUUUCUUUUUUUUUCUCAGAACUUUCUCCGCUGUCAAAACAACAAAAACAACUACAACCUGGUGUGUGAAACUCUGCAGUUCUUGGACUGUAUCUGCGGCAGCACCACAGGAGGUCUUGGCCUGCUGGGCCUCUACAUCAAUGAGAAGAACGUAGCUCUUAUCAACCAAACUCUGGAGAGCCUCACAGAGUACUGCCAGGGCCCCUGCCAUGAAAACCAGGUACAUAAAGAGUAGGGGUGGGAAUCACUAGUGGCCCCUUAGAUACGAUAUUAUCACGGUACUUGGGCCACGAUACGAUAUUAUUGCAAUUUUUACCAUUUGGUGAUACAGUGAGUAUUGCGAUACAAAUAGGGUGACCAUAUUCUGAAUCCCCAAAAAGAGGACACGACUACACGUGGGCGGAGUCGGGAAGUCAGAAAGUCAGGAAGUCACGCAUAGUUAAUUUUGGGGGUUUUCGGGUCGGAUCAGGUGUUUUUUAUGCGCUUCUAACUCAGUUAGUCCACACGACACAAACUCAAAACUUCCAUACAAAACCCUGGACAUUUGAAGGAUUUUAUAAACUACCCUGGACAAAGCCAGAGAAGGCUGGACAGCCCCCAAAAAAGAGGACAGGUCCGGGUAAAAGAGGACGUAUGGUCAGCCUAGAUACAAUAUAUUGCGAUUCAUACAAUUUUUCCAACUGUUUAGUUAAUUUAGCAUUUGUCUUUCCUUUAUGUUUGUCUUAUUUACGCUGUAUUUUAUUUUCAUGUAGCACAUUAUGCAAACCUUAUAUUCACAUUUGUUGUACUAACUUUCUCCUGCUCUAUGAUGUCACCUCUGCCAACUUCACCGGACAAACAGUUGAUUUUAUUUUUCCAUCAUCAUAGAUCUGACCUCAUAUUAACAAUUAAUUUGAGAAAAUCGUUAUUUGGCAGAUGAGGCGAUAUGAUAUAUCACCAGACAAAAUAUCGCGAUACUGUGCUGUAUUGUUUUUUUUCUCCCACCCCUAAUAAAGAGGUCAUGCUAAGGCUGAACUGUACUGAAGUGCUGUUUGACGUUUUCUAAACCCUGUUUUUCCCUCUAGAACUGCAUUGCCACCCAUGAGUCCAAUGGAAUAGAUAUUAUAAUCGCCCUGAUCCUUAAUGACAUCAACCCACUUGGAAAAAAGCGUAUGGACUUGGUGUUAGAGCUGAAGGUGAGUCUUCUAAGGUUAAAUUCUACUUUUUUGUUUGAAAUUUGGGAUCAGGUGAAGUCUUAGUUCGGAUCUCGGUCUGUUAAUGUAAAAAAAACCCUGCAGAUUCCUCUACAGAAAGAUGGAAUAUCACAACCAGGUUGCAAGCAUGAGAGCGGGAUAUUCAUGCAUCUGAGGUCAACAAGCUAGCAUGCCAAGACAAACAGCCGCAGAGAGCAUUUUUCUAAACACCAGGGUUUCUGUCUGUUUCACUUGGAAGAAGCCUGAACUGAACUUUAUGAGGCUUUCUCUCUUUUCUUUUUUAGAACAAUGCAUCCAAGCUGCUUCUGGCCAUCAUGGAGAGCCGCCAUGACAGCGAGAACGCAGAGAGGAUCCUGUACAACAUGAGACCAAAAGAGCUUGUGAGAAAACACACAAAAAUGUGUCUUAAGGUUUAAGUAUCAUAUAAGAAUCUGUGAAAACUGAAAAGUGUUUGUGUGUUCACAGGUGGAGGUGAUAAAGAAAGCCUAUCUACAGGGAGAGGUGGAGUUUGAGGACACAAAAGAAGAGGAGGAAAAUGGGGAAGAGGAGGAGCAUGACGCUGCUUCACCCCGAAAUGUCGGACACAACAUUUACAUUUUAGCUCACCAGGUCUGCUGCUCCUUCCUGCAUCAUGUUUGAGAUGAAUCCCAACACAGAAAGAAAGUUCAGCUUAAAUGUUGAUUGUGCUCAUUUUGUACAGUUGGCUCGUCACAAUAAGGAGCUGUCCAUAAUGUUAAGGCCUGGAGGGGCCAAUGGAGAGGGGGAUGAGGCUCUUGAGUUCUACGCUAAACACACAGCUCAGAUAGAGGUCUGAAAACACGCCUUUGUUUAUUGUAGAUAUGGGAAGAAAAAGUCAAAUUAGGAGCCAAGGUGUUUUGGCCUUAGGAUGUGACAGUGUGUCUUUGUGUCCAGAUUGUGCGUCAGGACCGCACCAUGGAGGAGAUAGUGUUCCCUGUGCCCAACAUCUGCGAGUUCCUUACCUCUGAGUCCAAGCUACGAGUGUACUACACCACAGAGAGGGAUGAGCAGGGUAGCAAGAUCAACGACUUCUUCCUGCGAGCAGAGGACCUCUUCAAUGAGAUGAACUGGCAGAAGAAGCUCAGAGGUAGGAGCAGGAUGUAACUUUUGUGGGCUCAAACACUCAUGACAGCUACCUCAGUUAGAAAAUACAAAAGAAGGUGUUUGCAAAAUUUGAUCACACCCAUGCAGUAAAGACAAGUGCAGUCCAACCAGGAAUUGUGACAUGAAUUAGUGAGCAUGAUGAGUCAUCAAGAAAACAUCUUUUGCUUCAGUUCAUGUGACUUUUUCCUUCAGAAGCUCCCUCAUGCUGAUCAGCUGAUUUUAUGCACAACUUCAGUGUCUUGUUUGUUUCCCAGAAAAACUUCAUGCUUUUUUAUCGUGAUGUAUACUAGUGGAUCAUUGGCACUUCUCACGGUCGUGAAACCUCACUCUCACAAAAAUGCGCUUCAUAUCAUACCAUGACAUUUAAGAAAAUGCUUUAUUUUAAACAGAUUUUUCAGUAAAAUCGCCCAUGCACCAUCAAGUCUUUUAUGAACGAAAGAGGAUUAGGGCCACAAGGAGAGAAAAAAAUAAUUACAGGAGGGAGAUUUUUUUAAUUUCCAUUCAAAAUUUUGACUUUAUUCAUGUUGACUUGAAUGUUGAAAUUUUGACUUUAUUCAUGUUGACUUAAAUGUUGAAAUUUUGACUUUAUUCAUGUUGACUUAAAUGUCAAAAUUUCGACUUUGAUCUCAAAAUUUUCGUUUUCUUACCUCUAAAUUUCGACAUUAUUUGUGACAUUUUGUAAUCUCGGAAUUUAGACUUUAAUCUUAAAAUUUUAAUUUAUAAUCUGGACAUUUCAACUUUAUUGACAUAAUUUCGAUUUUUGUAUCUCGGAAUUUCAACUUUCUUCUCAAAAUUCCAAAUUUAAUCUCCUUCCUGCGAUAAUUUUUUUUCUCUUCAUGCAGCCCUAAUCCUCUUUCAUAUUUAUGUGAAUCGAAAUUGUCCCAUUUUUAUGUUUGUUUUUUUUUGUUUUUUGUUUUUUUUUUUUGAUUUUUUUCAUCUACAGGUGUUACCUACCAGACAAGAGCCAGGCCAAACAUGAACUGUAGACUGCAUAGGCACCAACAUUACAACAGAGCAUUUCUUUAGUAUUAAGGGUUUUGUGUCGUCUGGUAACACUUUGGUUUAAGUAUCUUGAGAGUGUUUUGGUAAGGGUGUUGCUUGUGCUCUUUAAUAGGCAGUAGGAAUCUUAUCCAAAGACUUGUCAGUGAGGUGGAGUGGAAACUUCAUAUCUACCACAGGGGAGGAUGUGGUUUUGUCACUCCCUAUGCCAGCAGACUGCCAGCCUAGACUGACAAUGUUUCCAUGUCGAACCCAUUUCAGGGAGUAGACCUGUGUCCCUGAUCAGGAUAAGCUGAAUGGAAGUUGGAUGGAAGGAUGGGUGUGUGUUACAAAUUGACAGCAGCUCUAACUAUGUCACUCUGCGUGUGUGUGUGUGUGUGUGUGUGUGUGUGUGUGUGUGUGUGUGUGUGUGUGUGUGUGUGUGUGUGUGUGUGUGUGUGUGUGAGAGAGAGAGCCUGUGUUGUGUUGUGUUGUGUUGUGUUGUGCGUGUAUGUUUCCACUGUCUAAAAGCAGACAGGGGCUUUCCAACGUUCUCUGAGCCGUGAACAUUUGUACAGUAACCUUAUGAAUCACAACUGAGAGCUCUGUUGCUCACACACGCGCUCACGCACACACAUGCAGACCAGCACCCACACUCAGUCACACUUCUAAUCCAUUUACAAGUCUGCAUACCCACACACACACACACACACACACACACUCUGUCUCUCACCUCGAAUAGGGGAUGGACAGAGAAAAGUCCCUGCAUCUGUUACUGUUGUCUACUCCACCAGAAGUCAGAAAAUAUCAAAUCAGAAGUCGGAUUUUUCAUCUAAAGAAACAUGUUCGUGUGUUUUUACUUUUGAGGUUGAAAUGGUUGAUAUUUCACCGUUCAUUUUUAACAAUUGUGGCUGUUUUUGCUGUUGUUCUCUAAAUUGUUCUGGUGUCAGUUAUAUUAAUGUCCUUAUUACUUAUUGAUUAUAAUAAAAGUAUAAUUUCUCUCUCUUUCUCUCUGUCUUAUUUUAUGCUUGUUUCCUUCAUAUCAGUUCUCUUAAUUUUCUACACACAUGCAUUGUAAAGACAUUUAAUCAUUAUUCCUGGUCACUGCCUCUUAGUUAUGAGUUCCUGACACUUUUCUGUGUUUAAUGUCACCUAGAUUAAAUGUGUUGGUCUUCUGAACUAUUUAUUGGACAAACCUGGGGCACUUUCUGAAUUUUAGGUUUUCUUAAUAAAAAGAAAAGUCAUUAAAUCAUUGUAUGAAAUCAUUUUACAUGAUCUAAUAUCAUAUUUUUUUCCUUCCUCAGCCCAGCCUGUGCUGUACUGGUGCUCCAGAAACAUGUCGGUGUGGAGUAACGUUUCCUUCAAUCUGGCUGUGCUCAUGAACCUGCUUGUUUGCUUCUUCUAUCCUCUGGAGGGGGUGGAUGGAGGUGAGUCACACAUCAGUAGCUUCCUUUUUAAUCAUUUGGCUGUCAGAGUCUCUUUAAAAUGAUCUUGAUUUGUAUAAUAAUAAUCGUAAGCUUAGUUCAGAUAAAACUCCACAAUGUAUACCUAACAUUCACUGCUCUUAUCGAGUCUUUUUUAAGCAUGUUGAUGUCGGGUUUGUGCAGCUGUUCAGAGGUAAACUUGUGUGGGCUGUGAUUUACAGACUUCUCUGGAAAUGGGCACAAAGAAAGGUGAUGCACUAAUGACGCAAAACAGGAAGGAUGGGACUAUUUGGUAGUUUUGUCUGCUACUUUCUGGUUCCGUUACCUUUUAUAGCCUGCUCUGACACAGACAAGAGGUGAAGAAAAUAUCAAUUCAGAGGUGAUUUGUUUAAAAAGGGGGGAGCUAUCGUGUAAAGCAAGUAGUGAAGGCAAGAGAUUAGCAGGGAGAGAAAAAACUGAAAUCUCUGCCUUGUUAUGUCAUCCGAUUAAAUAUGUAUACUCAGUGCAUAUAGUUUGAUCUCCACAUUUACGUCACUCUGUGAUUAGAGAACCUGUGUCAAAAUCAGGUCAUGUGGUUCAGCCACCCACAUAUACAGACUUUGAAGAUCUGAUUCUUGAUCCUUGGAGGCAUCAGCACUGACCCACUGAUCUCCUUUAACUGCAGAGAUCGGAUCUGCUGACUCCUGAUCACCUGACCUGGAUUAAAAGCAGGACCCUAGAAACCCUCUGCCUUUGUUUGAAACAAACACACACACACACACUCGCAGAUAGAUUUACCACAACCCUAUGUUUUCAACGCUUUGAACUCAUAUUUUGUCUUUCAUUGCCAUGGAAACCGCAGUAAGGGGCGCCCACUGUCAUUUAGUCUUCCAUAAACAAAUCACACAGGUAGGAAAAAGUCGAACUACACAUAUCAGAUGACCAGGAGAAGUCAUGCGUCAUGUUUUACAUCUAAAACAAGACUGUCUGUUCAGCUGCCAAACUCUCUUUGUUGAUUUUUGACUCUCUAAUUUUGGUCGGUAAAGUUUUCCAUUCUAAUCUUUUCCAUGCGUCUUUGAUUUAGAUAAGAAGUUAGCUCUGCUCCAAUGACAAAGCCGUUUCACCAUUUUUAUGUAAUCAAAGAUGACAAAGCAGACAAGCGUGUAAACAUGGUGAGAGGAUAUCCACAGAUUUAUGUUAAAAACAAACAAAAAAAUACAUCUUUUCAAAAUCUCAUUUUUCUUGUUUCAAAAAAGUUUAAGCUUAAAAGUCAAAACAAUUAGCAGAACUCAUGAAAAGAUUUACUACAUUAUGAUGAAUAACACAGCCUACUUCGGCCCUAAAUCAGGGCUGAAAAACCUUACCGUUUAAUGCAGCUUUCCUAUAGCGUAAAUUCCUUAAACUUCUGCUUUGCUGUUCCAAAAAUUUCAACUGUUUUAACGAUUUUAAAUUACAUUUUAGAUCUUUUUGAAUUUAAAUUGUUGUCUCUUUGAUUUUAAAUUGUUUUAAUCUCUUCUUUUUAUAAAGUUUUAUGUAUUUCCUUGCAUCUUUAAAGCAUUUUGAAUUGCUUUGUGUAUGAAUGGUGCUAUACAAAUAAACUUGCCUUGCCUUACUUACCGAUGAUUAUAGGUUAAAUAUAAUGUUGUACUCAAAACACAAUUUUUGUGAAUCAUCUGGGGGAAAGUGUUUCUGAAAAGCAGGGCAGAAUAAUUCAGCAACAUACACUUGAAUUUAAAAUAAGUCCAGCAACUAAACUGAAAACUGAACUCAUUCAUAAAUCUAGAGAGGGCACAACAGCACCCAGGUCUGACUGUACGUCUCCUCUCUAAGGUUACUUUAAAUUUCUGUGCGAUGCAUUCACGUGAGCCUCUAGCAUACCUUUGGCCUGCCAUAACCAGGCACCUUUAUCGCUUUGGGCCCCUCUUUCUCUCUCUCUCCCUCACUCGCUCACUCACUCAAACACUCACACUGUGUUUGCUUGUCCUUUUCUGCUUGGGGCUCUAGAAAGAGGGUUAUAAGAGCAGGAGAUCUAGGUCAGUGUGUUCUGCCUGCAUGCAUGACUGCCUGCCUACGGAUGGAGAUUAUUAGUCAGCGUCAUAAACUCAUAAAACAUGUUCAUAUGCUAGCAUACAUGUUUGCAGUCCUCUGAACUGUUCGUUUUAUCCUGCCCACCAUAGUCUGCCUGUACGCUAAAGCCUGAGGUGGAAGUGUAGGGGUUUGUGAGUGCACGUAAGCGCCCCUCUUUCAGUCUGCCACAUCACUGGAGCGGUGUGCUGCUCCCUCCUCAUUCCUCAUAAAUCUUUCAUCUGAGGUAUUUUUAGAGCCGGUUGUUAUGUAAGUGGCACCUGUCAUGUGAUCUCCACACCGAUUGGGAGGGGGGAGGAAUCUAGGGGAGGAAAAGGAGGUAAGGAGGGCUCCCUCUCCUGCAUUGCUCUCUCUCUCUCUGUGCUUUUUAAUCUGCAGAAACUCUGUUUUUUUAGUUUCCCCUGCUCUGCCUCUUUUUCCUUUUUUUAUUUCUAUUCUCCUUUUCUAACAUCAGCUCCACCCUUUGAAUGUUUCUCUACUCAUUGACAUGCUCUUCAAGCUUGAGCCGUAACCACACGCACUUGCCUCUGUUUUAACAAAGAGGGAUUAGUGACUGAUCAGCAGGUUGGUUAGGUGUGGUCUUGUUUUUAGGCUGGUCAAACCUGGUCGAGGGUUUUAGCCUGAGUGGCUUGUUGCAACAUGAAACCCCUGACUAGGACACUAAUCCUGGAUUUAGCCUUGGAUCAAGGAGAGCUUCAGGUAGUCUCUCACUUAAGUCCAGCACACACACACACAUACAAAAAAAGUAUGUCAUACACUUUUGGGUGUUAUGUAACCGGCUGUUUUUGAGUUCAAAGUCUCCCUGAUGAAGGCCUGAGGCCUGCCUGAGAGGCAGAGCAGAGAAGGAGCCGGUUAAAAAAUCUGUUGAUCCAGACAAGGUCUUGUUUCAGCUGGAAACUGCAAUCUUAUCUAUCCUCCUAACACCAACUCUGAACAAAUGGUCUCACACUAACGUUAAAGGAGUAAUACGGAUGUCUGAUUCAGCAGUUUUAGCCAUUUUCUUUGUACUUUUUAAUAAAUAGCAUCUGUAUCCUCUUGUUUCUCUUCUGCAGUUGUACUUGAUCCCCACCUAUCUGCUCUGCUUUGGAUGGGAGUCAUGGCAACGAUGAUCAUCGUGAUUAUUAUGCCCCAGCCUCUGGGCAUCCGUGCCUUGGUCAUCAUCACUAUCCUCCGUCUUAUCUUCUCCGUUGGCCUGGAGCCAACCCUCUUCCUCCUUGGUGCCUUCAAUGUGAGUAUGGUCCUUAAAAGGGUCAGUUCACCCAAAUGAUGGUGCUGCUGAGUCAUGCAGAAGUACAUAAUUUGCGUAGUAGGGAGUCAUUUAAAAAAGCAGCCCAGAGCUUAUGGAAUUUGUAGGGUUUUUUUUUUUACAUGUCAUUGUAAAUUAAAAUAAAACAAGCAGGUUAAUUGGCAAGUAAAACAAUGAAAUUGAGAAGAGUGACCAGAGUGGAAUUUUGGUAACACUUUAUUUGACGCCUAUCUCUAUAACGCAUCAUAUUGUGUUAUAUGUUAUGUUAUAUAUUAUAUUAUUAUAAUGUGUUAAUAACAGUUGUAUUAUCUGUGUGGUCAUUGUCAGUGAGUUUUUAACAGUUAUAACACAUUAUAAUAUCUGACCUUUUAAGUCAUAAUAAAAUGCUUUAUAAUGCGUUCUGAUUAUUGCUAUAAAGCAUCAUGAGCAUUUAUGAGUGUUAAUAACUAUAGCUUUACAGUACUAUAACCUGAUUAUAACACAUAAUGCAUAUAUUUAUAAUGCGUUAUCGAGAUAGGCGUCAAAUAAAGUGUUAUCAGACUAUUUUUCAAUGAAACAUCUGCUCUCAGCUCUGCUAACUAGAAAUGGUUGUAUCAUGUGAUGAAGACUUUUCAUUGAGCUGGGGUAAAGGCAAGAGACCUGAGGUCUAAAUCAUCAAACAGUGUGUAUUUACAGUUUACAGAGGAAGACUGGAAAAAAAAGUUUAAGACACAAAAAUCCUGUUGCUUGUGAAUGAAGUGAAGGAUAGAGGGUACAUUCUGUAUGCUAUAGGAGGGUUCAGACUAAAAUAAAAACCAGCAAGUGACACCACACAUCACAUCAGUCAGAUAAUAUUUUAACUGUGAGUGGAAGUUUGAAAGUGUCAGUUUCAUCAUGGCCCACUUGGCCCGCAUGUAGACUUUUUAUGAGGAUUUGUGAUAAUUGUGUGUGAGCCACCUGUGACUCAACUUCUACACUGCUUUUUAGCACAAUGAAUAUGUGCAGGUAAUAAGGAGGCAGUGUCUGAAGCAGCUGUUGUCCUGUAUCUGCCGUAGUAUACGCUGUGAUUUUUAUUAAGACUAAGUAUAACACUUUGAGAUACUGCACAUUAUCAGAUGAUAUUGUUAAAGAUUCGUGCCACUUUACUCUCUUACUGUUGUACUGAUGAGAAAUCUGAUCUUUCUAAUGUUUAAUGUCUCUCAUUGUCAUUGUUUUCCAUAUACCUCAAAAAUAAAAAAUGCACAACUUCUUUUUCACCGGUCACAAAUCCUACUGUUUGUUUUCCCAAGUCUUUGCUACCAGUUUCUUCUCUCACCCACACUCAUGCCCACUUGGCAAACCAAUACCCCGUCUGCCUGUGGUGUUGCCCCGCCCCCACGGCAGUGCCCAGCUGUGUUAUUGGAUGUUAAGUGCGUCACUAGACCCUAGGGAGGGUGUAACACCAUCCUUGCUCUCACCAGAGAUUUCCUAGAUGUGACCCUAAACAUACACACUCAAAAAUAACACAGUGUGGGCCAUGCUUGAUCAUCUUUCCCCUCAUUAGCUAAGUUGAAUGUAAAGAAGAAACCCGGUUAUUGUGGGAGGUCAUUCUAGAACAGGAGACCAGGAGACACAUUUCUAAAGCUUGCAUUAACCUGGUCAUUUAUCUAGUUCACACACAGCUGGUCACAUAGAUGUCACAUGCCACACUCAUUUAUUUGUUGACAUUUUCUAAUCUAUCAUUUAGUGUUUCUUUAACAGUCUUUACUGGUAGAAACUAAAUCAGUUAUUAUUAAGCACUGUUUCUGUUCAGUUUUCAUUAUAUUAGGGAAGAAAAGAUUCACUCCUGAUGAUUCUCCCUUCCUCAUAUCCCACAGCUGUCACUAUCUGAAAAAAAUCCCUGCAAGAAACCCGGUUACCCAUAUGUAAGAUCAGAUGUGGACGGUAUCUGUGGUUGCAGUGUUAACCGGGUUUUUGUUGAUCCUGGUCCCUGGUUUCUAGUUCAUAUGGGGUUUAAGAAAUGAUGUUUCCACAGAAAAACAACAUUUACAUAGACUUCAUGUUUUAUUUAUCGCAACAUGUUCUGAUAUACCACUGUCAUGCAAUCUCCUCCUGACCCAGAGCCCUGAGAAACAGCUUUUAGAUUUAUUUACUUUCAACAAAGUAUGAUCCUUUUCAACAUAUUAAAUAGAGAAAUCCUUUAUUUUUUCUUCAGGUGUGCAAUAAAAUCAUCUUCUUGAUAAGUUUCGUGGGGAAUCGAGGAACCUUCACGCGCGGCUACAAAGCCAUGGUGUUGGACUUUGAGUUCCUCUACCACCUCAUGUACCUCAUCAUCUGCAGUCUUGGGGUGUUUGUCCACGUUUUUUUCUACAGUCUGUUGGUAAGGGAAACACAGACACACACACACUUGCAGAGAAUGUAUGCUGUAGGAUUGUAAACACAGAUUCACACACACUGAUUCUUUCCAUCAAAGUUCAUCUGUAUCAUGUUUCCAGUUCCUCAGGUUUGCUUUUUAAUGUGUCAGACUGAAUAUUACAGUAUUUAGACUGUUUCUUGUGAGCAAUGCCCUGACAGAUGCAGGAAAGCAGGGAGCUGUAAACUUGUUAUUAUUGGCAGACAGGAACUUUAAAAAUAUUCAAAAGCUACUGUCACACAGACGGCCGAAAUAGAACCCAAAUUUACAAAGCUUGUGUUAUGCCCUCUUUAAGAUGCUGUACAAUGGACAAAUUUAAUGUCAUCAUUCGCUUGUCCUGUGGUAUUUGCUUUUACCCUGUAGUUGUUUGACCUGGUGUACCGAGAAGAAACGUUGCUUAAUGUGAUCAAGAGCGUGACCCGUAAUGGGCGCUCUAUUGUGCUCACCGCUGUGCUCGCCCUCAUCCUGGUCUACCUGUUCUCUAUCGUCGGCUACAUUUUCUUCAAAGACGACUUCAUCCUGGAGGUUGAUCGUAUCCCAAACACGACUCUGAGUGAGGAUAAACUCUUGUCUUAAAUCUUCUCUUCUCAGAGAACAUAGCAUGCAGUAGUUGUUGUUCUUAUAUGUAAAAGUAGAAUAAAGAAUACACUCUCUUCUUUUGUACUUUAAAGAAAAUGGAGCGAGUCUGGCCAGUGAGUUUUUGUCCUCAGGUAUGUGUCAGGGAGGGACUGAUGAGAACUGCACCACAGGAACCAUACAGGAAGGUAAAAUGCACUGUAAUUAAUUUCAUAUCGCAUUCAAUCUGCAUGAAUUAAGACUGUUUCAGUAACUUUUUUUGGAAGUUGAAAAACAAUUGUUAUUUAAAUGUUGAUAUUUUUUCUUUUAAAAGUGAUAAACAAGCUCAGAUUAUAAUUUAAUUAUUUAAUCUAUUUUUAUUUUUAUUUUUAAAUGCACCUUGUAGGAUAUUUAACUUCAGUGUUACCAUUUAUGUGUUGUGCCAGUUAGCUUUGAGCUCAUUUAUAGCUGCUGUAUCUUUGCACAUGUCAAUUGGAAAAUAACAAACAGGUGCUGCUCCAUAAAUGAAUGUGUCCCAGAAAUCUCAUUUUUUCCCAUUAUUUAAUCUAAAAAGUAAAACUUUCAGAUAUCACAGAUUCAUCAGCCACAAAGUGGAAUUUUUCAAGACUUUUACUUUUAAUCAAAUCUUGAUGAUUACAGCUUCCAGCUCACAAAAAUCGGAAUACACCAUCUCAAACACACUAAAAUACUGUGGAAAAAUCUAGUUUCUUGCCUCAACAUCAUGUAGCAUUGAUACAGUUUUUGUGUGAAAGAGGACCCUUGGUGCAUAAAUGAAUGGUCCACAUUUCAUUAAUAUAAAUCCUUGAUUUGGAUUGUUUUGUAAUGUAGAAUUUUUUAUUUUUGUGAGCUGUAAUCAUUAAUAUUUAAGAAAAAAAGUCUUGAAAUAUUUUGCUUUGUGUUAGAUUUAUCUAGAAUAUAUGUAAGUUACCCUUUUUUUUUUAAUUAUGGGGAAAAAAUGAACUUUUUGGGACGUUCAAAAUUUUUUGAGCUGCGCCUGCAGUUAAAAAAAGACAUUAACACAAAGCAGAACAUCACAAACACACACACAAACACACCAAAUAACCGUGGUAAAAAAAUAUGUUUUUCAAUAUUAAAGCAGUGAUAAGGAUUAAUGGUUACAAUCUGUUCAAGUUGUGAGGUCAGACAUAAAGGCUGCAGGAAAGGACAGUCUGUAGGGACUGACAAAAGUAACAAAGAGAUUCAGUUUCUUGACUGGCUACAUCUGUGAGACAGUGCCACUGACCUUUGACCUAAACAAUUGACAUCCAGGCUCCCCAGCCCACAUGUGACAUCAACAUGUGAAGUCCUAAAAGGUUUCCAUGCCUAAAGAGUUCCAGCCAGUCAUGAUGCGUGGCGACUUCAAGAUUAUACCAGAAAAUACAGUUAUCUUUGACUCAGUCAUUCUUGGUUUGUUUGUCCUUAGAUAAAGGUUCGUGGUAAGACACAUGUUUAGAAAAACAACCAAUACAUUGAAUCUAUUUUUCAGUCACAGCACAAGUUUUUUAUUUUCAUCCAACUUUUAGAAAAUCUGCCAAAUGAUAACCUCUGACAGUAGCAGGGUUGUGAUCUCUUAUAUCUUGUUUGUCAUCUAUCACAAGUCAGUAAAAUUCAGACUUGAAUAUCUUUCGAGACUUGACAGUGUCAUACAUCAUAUUUUUACACAUGAAUCGAACUGUGAAAUCUCUGAUUUAUCAGGAUUAGUUCAAUGCGUGCUCAAAGCAGCUUGAUGCUUUCACUAUCACACUGACUUAAAGCGAAACCUAUUUUACCAUUGGUCUGGUUACUAUAUUUUCAAAGCUUUAAAUGGUUAAUGACACUGUCUGGUGCUUCAAUAUGCUGAAUUUAUGAGUUCAAUAUUAAGGUGUAUAAACGGAUAAAGUCUGAUCAUUUUUCUUCUGGGUUUUAACCCCUUAAUGCUUUGACCAAAGCUUCCCCUUCUGACCCCACAGCCUCAGGGGAUGACAGCGAGGAGGACAGCGAUAUGGAGCGUACCUGUGACUCUCUUCUUAUGUGCAUUGUCACUGUGCUGAGUCACGGUCUGAGGAGCGGAGGGGGGGUAGGGGAUGUUCUCCGAAAGCCCUCCAAAGAGGUACGAUAGCUUUGAUUCGGGCCUUGACUGAACCAUGACUGCAUUUCUCUCUCUGUAUGUGUGUGCAUAUCUAUGGUUUGAGAGUAUUUAGUGCAAACAGCUGCAGCACGAGUCAUUAGAGUUGGCUGUGAGCCCGUCAUGUGCUGGAGUUUUGUUUUUUUUUGACAGUAAAGAGGUUUCACAAUGUUUCCAUCCAGCUGCACUGACCCCACCUCUUUUGAGAAUGAAACCCAAAAUAGGCUUCCUCAGAACUCAGCUUCAACCACUAAUGAUGUCGAAAGAGGAUGUGAAUGUCUGUCGCACAUGCCCAUAAAAAAGCUCAGGCCGCUGUGAUGAAAUUUCUUAAGUAAAGCAGCCGUAUAGACCACACAUGGGCGGAAAAAACUCUGAGUUUGAUGCUGCAAAACAAGUUUUUUUUUCUGUUUUGUUUUUGUUUUUAUUUGAAGUGUAAGUACAGGUGUGUGACUGUCAGGCUGCAGCUCACUUCAGGGUAUUCCCCUCCUUUUAGACACUGCCAGGCACAUCUCGCUUAUUUUCCUUAAAAAGAGGACUUAUUUGUGAAUAAAACCACUUGACCUAAAUCAUGAUUCUAGCGGCUGAUUUGACCAACUAAAAUCCCUUUUUUUUUUUUGUGAUGCUGUGGACUGAUUCAAAUUGUGUCCUACCUAGAGACAGGGACAGGCAACAACUGUUCGACCGUCUUCCUGCUGUCUCUGUUACUGAAGCAUCUGUCAGGUCACACUUGAGGUCUAGUGUUACCAUUAACAUCCAUGAUGGUGAAGGUUAACCUGGUUUUAAACUCAAAACAUCAUCAUCCUCAUCACAAGGGCUGCCCUUUAGGCCACGCUGCUAAAUGGGUUACUCAACAACAUGUGCCUUUUUUGAUUAAUGUUGAGUACUACUCACUUAAGUUCUAUCUAAUCUAAUAAAAGUUUCUAUGUUUGAUACUUAAUCUGAAGUAAAUUUAUAAUUCCUUAAAUCUGUGUCAGUUUAUGUCUUACAGUUGAACCUACUUCACAUUAAAUGUUGUUUUCUGUUCCUUUCCCAGGAGCCGCUCUUUGCAGCCAGAGUGAUUUACGACUUGCUGUUCUUCUUCAUGGUGAUUAUUAUUGUCCUUAACCUCAUCUUUGGUGUCAUCAUCGACACCUUUGCUGACCUGAGGAGUGAAAAACAGAAGAAAGAAGAAGUGCUGAAGACGACCUGUUUCAUCUGCGGUGAGACAGCCGAUGUGUUAAAAGAAUUGUUGUUGACUCCCUGGUGAUUUAUAUAUUGACUACAGCUUAAGGCGCCAGCUGUUUAAUAAUCAGUGACUCACUUAUUUACGAAGUCCCAGCAACAAGAUGAGACUCAAUAUUAUUUUGAUUCACUUUGAGGAAGGCACUUGGCAGCAAUUAGCAAGAUACAGUGACGAGUAAAAGCAGAAACCUCGAGCAAAACCAGACUUAUAUGUAGAACAGACAUCUGCUGAGAUUGUGUUUGGGCUGGAAAGUAGUCAGACAGAGAGUGAUGGAGAGAGACGGACAACAACAACAACAUCUCAUACAGACUUACAGUGCUGAUAAAAGCAAAUUAAUUAUAUUAGACUGGCCUAAUAUUUAUGGCAGUUAAAGUCAACAGGUUUGAUAUUAGCAUUUACAAUAAUACUUGAUAUUAGCAUUUACAAUAAUUACAAUGAUGAUGAUCGAGGUAGGAUUAAUAUUGUUUUUUUAACUGGUUGCAGUCACAUUAUUUUGAAAUUAGCAUUACAACAAUGAUAGUAAUGGUUACACUCAUAGUAGUUAAAUGGUUAAUGAUAUGGUUAAGUAAGAUAGCAAGCUGUCUACUUGAACAAUCCAAUAGAUCUCAGGGACUCCCAGAAGGAACAUGGUUAGUGACUUUAAUGGGACCUGAAGAUUUAAGAUAUACAGUAUAAAGGAGAGAAAAGAAAGGACAAUCAGGCAAAAGCAGUCAGCCAUAAGCUUUUUAAAAAAGGGAAGUUUGACAAUUGAUAUUUAUACAACUUUUAGAGACUUUGGGUACCACGGGCAGUCCAGCAUGUUGGAAGGGUUGUGUUCCAGAGGAGUAUCAAAGAUAUCAUGUAGUCCGACCAUUAUGAGUUUUGUAGGUCAGACUGAAGGUUUAAAAUUCUGUUCUUGAUUUUUGGGGAGGCAAAAAUCUCUGCUCUCCCAUACCCAAGACGAUCCAGUCAAUCCUUGAGCUUGAAGGACUUAUUAGGGUAGGAUGUGUUUUUUUUUUUUUGCAGUGUCGUGAAAGUGGAAAAAAAAAAGCCAUCCUUGAAUUUUGCUGUACGUUGGAGUUGAAGGACAAAUCCUGAUCAUGUAGAACUUCCAGACUUCAAACGGUGGUGCUGGAUACCAUGCUUAUGCUAUCUAAUACAGUUAGAACAUGAUCAAAUGUCUAGGACCAAGAACAAUAACUUCAGUCUUGUCUAAGUUGCUUUGGAAAAAUUCUCCUCACCCUGGUUUUUGUCUUAAAGACAGGCUUCUAGUUUAGGUAUUUGAUUUGUUUCAUCUGGCUUCAUUGAGAAGCAUAUCUGUGUGUCAUCGACAUAACAAUUGAAAUGUACAUGCUUUUCUGCAUGAUAAUAACUUGAGGAAGCAUCUAUAAAGGAAAAAAAUGUCCAGGCCCUGAACCCAAUAGAACUCCACAACUAACAGUGGUGUGCACAGAAGACUUUUCAUUAUGUGUACAAACUGAAAUGGAACUGAUGGAUAUGAUUUAAACCAUAAAUGUUCAGAGAUAAGUGCAAUAAGUAGAUCAUCCGUUACUUCUAUCAGUGAUGUCCUCAAUUCAGAUAGCUGAUUAUUUGCCACUUUCUCUAGGUCUGUUUUAAAUCAACUGAGAGGAAUUAGAGAUAGAGCUUUAGUUCGCUAAGACGCCUGGAUCAUCACAACAUUCUAGGUAGAAGUAGGAACACCAUGACGCUAUUGCACGACCAUACAGCCUCAAGAAACAUGAAUCCAAAAAUUUUGAUUGAGGUAGGCACAGAGCGGUUUUUAAAACAGUUGAAUUCAGAUCGAGGGACUCUCAUGCUCAGAGUGGAGGAGCACACAAGUCAGGGCAGGACCACCUUAUUUUGUAAAGUCAAGUUGAAUCGGGUAUUUGUGUUUCCUGGUUGUCAGUCUUUCAGUAAACUUGUGUGGUACAGAUUUCUCAGUAGCACAUCGUGAUGUUGUUUUCUAUGGAAAUCAUCCUGUGAAUCAAACCUCUGACUUUCCCGCGAGAGGAUUACUUUUCUAAUUAUGAGGACACCCUGCCGGCUCAGCAGGGCUGCACUCUUGUUGGAAGGGUACCAUGUUUCUAAGGCUGUGCGUCAUUCACUCACUUCCGAGUUCCAUCUCAUGUCACUUGGUUAACUCCCUUGUUUUGCCUGUCAGAGUCUUUGAUUUCUUGCUUGUCUUUGUGGUUUUUGCUAUGAACAUCUGUGAAUGUGUGAGAAAAGUUUUCAGCAUUCCCCCUGCCUGCCCUCCUCCUCCUCCUCCUCCCCGCUAUUUCACGUCACUCGCGUUCCAAAGAAGGCUGAGUCAUGUCAAGCAUCCUGCCCUGCUCGCCUCCAUUAUUCAUGUCUGUCUUACGUGCACACACAUUUUCUCCCACUCACUCAUUCACACAUAAACUUAAUUGUGAUGCCAUAUGAUUUUUGCAACUUACUUAUGACCCAAACUGAAUGAUCAUUGCUUUUGUUAGGGCCUAAACACGAGCAUGCCGCUGUGUAUGUGUGUGUUUACACAGUUACAGCCCAGCAGAACACACUGAACAUGUGCAUGGGUGUGCAUGUUAGGGCAGGCAGCGGGGACAAGUGGUAAGCAUAUGGAACGAGAACAGUAUUAUGUCACCACACAGCCUUCAGCCGUGACUCACUCAUGUUAAAGAAGGCCAGGACACAGAGGGAGCUGCCGUCUCCAUGGUUUCCACAAGGACCACAAGGGAACAGGAGAUGCAGAGAUUAGGAGCCGACCUCCAUGGGCUUAAGCGGCUCUUCAUCCUCCAGCUCGAUCUUAUAAGCCAUCAAUCUCUCUCUCAGUUUUGUAUUAGGGUUUUAGAUUGAGCUAUGCCAAGUGCAGACUGGCUGAUUAUUACCUGUAGAUGAAGCAAAAAGCAUCAGCCUCAAGAAAAGUGUUGAAAGGUUACUUUUCAACAACUAUCAACAACUAACUAAAAUCUAUAAAAAGUUCCUGGUAACAGCAUCAUCUGUAUGAAUCAGACAUCACUAUCAAAACAUUAUUAAACACUGAGGAGAGCUGCUCCCAACAUCACUGUUUAGUCAUUAUUAUUUUGGUGUGCCACAACACUUACACUAAAAAUAAACACAACCCUUGUAUGUUUGUCUUCAGGUUUAUUUUGUUGAAUUGUAUUAACAUGUUUACAAAGGGUAUCCAUCCCCUUCAUUUCCCACCUAACAGAUAGAAUUAAUACUUGUUACAAUUUUCAACCCUGGGCUACAAAAUUAAAGUGCCUUUGUCCAAGAUUUACACUAAAGCAGCUGUGAGUAAUAAAACGUUAAAAUCAGUACUAUUGCCUCUUUAAGAGCAAUAAAAGUAGGCAAAACCAUCAAAAACAAGAUUUACUGUUUCUAUUUAGUUAUCUUAAUGCCUGUAACCUCUGGUAAGGGGAAGGUGUCAGACAAGGCAAUUACCAGGACUCUGGAAAAAGAGUCUUUUAAACAGAUUUAAAAAAAAAAAAUCAUGAUAAACACUGCAGGAUUUUUUAAUAAAACAAUGUUAACACAAAUACAGGAUAAGAUAAAGGAUUUAGUCUGACAUACUGCAUUGUCUACAGGGGUGCCAAAAUUAGCAUUCAAGUCAUUGGGUUAAAAAGGAGAAAGUGGUGAAAAAGUAAAUUUUUUUUUUGUUUGUUUUGACUAACUCUUUCUCCCACCGUGUUUAUAGUUUUAUCCAAAAAUCAAAGAUUGCAGAUGUAAUUUAGUUGAUAGCCUUUUCUAUUCUAUGUGAUGUGAUCUGCUGUCAAGAUCCCCAAAAUACAGAAUUUUAGAAAAAAAGAAAAAGAAAGCAGCACAGAUCAUUGGAAAAUGCUCUGCAAACUCUGCAUUAUGUAAGGUGGCAUAUUAUGACUCAUCUGUUUGAAUCUUGCUCUUUACAGUCUCAUCCUUGUCUGUAUCCUUAUAUUUUGAAAAGAAAGAUCUUUGAUCAAACACAUGUUCAAAAAUAUCUAUAGGUAUAUAUUAAAAGGAGCAUGCACAUCGAUCAGCCCAGGAGAUGACAGGGGUUGAAAUUUUGGAAACUCUUAUGGUACUAAGACUGAUACGCUCAGUUCUGUGGUAUGGAAAGUUUUUGACUUGUCAUAGGUAGAAAGCAUUUUUCAUAUAUUUGCCUGUCAAAUCAAUCUAAAAAUAAAACAACAACAACCACGUGCUUUUUUUAUUUUUUGCUAAAGUAAAUUGCUAAAUGUUAUUUUAAAAUGUAACAUGUAAUUCCCAUUUAUUCUUUUACCCAUUAUUGAUUGAAAAAGAAAUUGAUUCAUUUUAUUGAUAUUGAAGAACAGGUUGGCUUUUAAGUUUCUAAAAGUGCAGAAAUGAAGAUAGAGCCCAGGUUUAGGCUACCAUUGCAAAAGAAACUAAAGUUACAGACUCUGAGUUUGAGAAACAGAUCGAAUGUGUAAUUUAUUUCUCAGAUGCUCUUCCAAAGGAUACUUUAAAAUCAUGUUUUUGAAUGACUUAUUCUAGAUGCUUUUGUAACCUUCCCACUUUUUACAACAUUAUUCCUGAGAGAAGCUACAUUCUCUUUUUCAAGUCAUGAUUGAAAAUACAAAAUGAACUGCUGGAGUUGAAGCUUACACCUGUGUUUCUCUUAAAAAUUACCAUUUCUUUGAAGCAUUGAAAGAGGCUGUUAUUUCUCCUCCGCAGGCCUGGAGCGUGACAAGUUCGACAACAAGACUGUAACUUUUGAGGAGCACAUCAAAGAGGAACACAACAUGUGGCACUACCUCUUCUUCAUAGUGCUGGUAAAAGUGAAAGACUCCACCGAAUACACCGGCCCUGAGAGCUACGUGGCUGAGAUGAUCAAGGUAAAUAAAACAAUCACAAACACACCCUGAAAACACACAUCCACCUCCCCAGCAUAUUGUUUGGUCUGAUUUUUUUCAUGGGAAUGGAUUACAUUUAGGUAAAGCUGGUACUUUAUUUGGAUUAAGUUUUAAUCCCCAUGCUGAAUGAGAUCAGGAGCAGCAAUGUUCUUGGUGUUUACAUGAAUAAAUGAUGGAAAACGUCUUUUUCUGCUUUUCCUCUUUUCUUAAUUACCGAUGUACUUUCCUUCAUGUUUGUCAGAUCAAAGUCAUUCUGCAGAAUUUUUGCAUGCUGUUGCUGAUUUAAUCGAUAAUGAUCUUGUGAAACAAUCCUGACAGAAUGAGCUGUAUAAUAAUUGAUUGCCUCUGUGACAGUUGUGUUUCGUUGAUCAGUUGUGACUGAACAGAGUUUAUCAGAUUACUCUACUGUGUCGGUCAUGUUAGCAUGCAUUGGCCUGCAGCACACACACACACACACACUCACACAUUAGGGAAGUAAUGUGUUCCUCUUUACUUAUCUCACCUUACAGACAUAGUGGUCAUGUACUUUUAAUGAUACAAUUAGACUCUUUUAUACAAACAGGAAGUGUGAUGAUUUGCAGUUAAACACUCACUGCUGGUCAGUUUAUUUACUAUUAUAGUUACAUACUUUUAUUGGCAUACAACAUAUGACGGUUUCUAUGCAGGCCCGCUCCUUGAAAACAGAUUGUCAUUAAGAGUUUACAUUUUAACACUCCACUACCAAACUUUGAUAACCUCCUGUGCACGUCAGAUUAUUUUGGCAUGCUCCUUGAAACUCCUUAAUUUUUAGUGAAGUGAAUAAUAAUCUCUGAAAUUAACAGUUUAAUGGUUGGAAUUCUCUGUGAACUGCAGGAGCACAACCUGGACUGGUUCCCCCGGAUGAGGGCGAUGUCACUUGUGAGCAGUGACGCAGAGGGCGAGCAAAAUGAAAUCAGGAACCUGCAGGAGAAGCUGGAGUCCACCAUGAGGCUGGUGGCAAACCUGUCUGGACAGCUGACUGAACUCAAGGAGCAGGUAUGACAUAAGCAGAGAUCAAGACUCAUUGAUUUUUCAAAUUUAUUAAAAGAUAUAUUUUUUACCUCCUUAACAGUCUGAUUUUUUUUCAACAUAAUUACUGAAAGCCUUGACUUUACAUCAACAACAGUAUUAAAGAAUAAGAUAUCAGGAAUUGGUUGCUUUCAGUUAAUCACUCUAUACUCAGAGUAUCUGGAGCGCUAUUUACAUCUCAGUGUAUUUCUUUCCUUAGCAGAGAUUUUUUAAUGCCCCUUUAAUAAGUUAAAAAUGCAUACUUCUAUGUUGAAAAGGGUUAUUCAACCUUGUUUGGGAUAAACCUGUUUUUUUCUUUGCUACUCUCAUUUCUGCACUGUUGAAUAUGAAGCUAUUGCCAACAAACAGAUAUCUCAGCUUAACAUGAGCACUAGAACCACCAAGGACAGCAAUCACUUCCUUUUUAAGCAAAGCACUUUCAGUUUGUGGUCAAUUUUUUGAGAGCCUUAUUCAGCAUUAUGGAGAUUUGGACAUGGGACAGGAAAAGAAGAGGUAGGAGAAGGACUCCUAAUAUUCAUUUAUCCAAUUCUACAUUGAAAGGGCAACUGGACUUGUUUGAGGUUCUUGACGUGGUUUUGCCUCUUUUCCAAAAUGCUUCUUCAGUUCUUAAAUGACUGAGGCAAAAGUUGAAAAUUUACAGCCUCUGUUGGUCAUCCAGCCAUAAAGGGUUGGGUGGUCACCUGAGAGUCGUUUGCAGCUGGGUCACGUGAGAGUCGUUAGCAGAGUGGUUGACCUGGUUUCACCCUUUGGGGGGGGGGGUUGCCACGUUUGCAUGAUAUGAACUAAAGACGCCUUUUGGAAGAAAGGCGAAAAUGUCUUCAAGAACCUCCAACAAGUCCAGUCGCCCUUUCAAUGAAGGAUAACCAUGACCUGGAUGAACGAGGAUCUACACAGACAUAUUCGUUUGUGGGCAUUUCAUUGUGAGAUAUAACAUUUCAGAUCCACUAUGUCACAUCUGACAGCACACACCCACUCUAAUGGAAGUACAUCUGUAGCAUAUCACAACGGGGUGCAGCUCAAAGCAGCUGGAUUGGCUAACUUACAAAAUCAUGAAAGAACCAAAGAAGAUGGUGAUGAGUUUGGAGAGUCCCUGUUGGCUAAGUCAGCAGAGAACAGCAUUCUGACAACAGGUCACCAUUCUUUUCUGAGUUUAAUUAAGCGUUCAUUUCAUUCAUAUUAUUCCAAGAUUUUUGUUCUUUAACCACGGGUGAGCGCUCUGUAUAAAUAAAUAGUUUCUUUUUAUCAGGUCUAAGUCUGUUCAAAGUUUACCAUCAUGUCCUACUUUAUUAUGCUGUAUCCUACAGACUAGGUUAGCAGCUAAAACACCUAACUCAGGGAGCAAUAUAUAUUUUUGUUGGAUGGUAGGGGAAAGUCCCACCUCCUUCACCUCUGAUUGGCUAGAAAAGCUGGAAAUGUCAUUGCACACUUAAGCCAAACAUGGGCUGUCGGCUCUGUACAUCGAACAGAACAUUUCACAACUAAUCUUUUUUUCUAUAUCUCUAUUCAGAUGACAGAGCAAAGGAAACAGAAACAAAGAAUCGGUCUUCUUGGUCACCCACCUCACAUGAACAUCAAUCCCCAGCAGCCCGCCUGAGGGCCCAGCGGGUCAAGUUUCACCAGUGCCUGAGUGCCCCUGACUGCGUGACACAUGUUAGUCGGGAGAAAGCCAAAACGUGUCCAUCUCCUGUUUGUAUUUAGGUCAAUAUCUGACUGUACACUAGACCAGACUCUCCUACAACAUGUGUGCCUCUGAGUGUGUCUCUACAGUAAAAGUUAUUUGAGUGUGUAGCUUGUAGCCUCAAGUGAGGACGUGUCUGUGUGGGUGGAAUGUGCACCAAGUGCCUCAAGACCUAAGAAGCCAGCCCUGUACGAAAAAACCCCCACUGAUUUCAGCUUUAAUACCCAGAAUGCCUUCUGUGUUAUUCCACACCAACAGCAUGCCAAAGAUCAGCCAUUCAUUGUUACUGAGGCAGAAUUCCUCUCGAGUGGCCUUGUGUAUCGAGGUUUCUAAUCCUCUGUGUUGCACCAGCGAACUCAGGUCACAUGUAGAUUUCAAGGUUUGUUUGAACUCUAAAACACUUUAUUUAGUACCUUUAGCAAUAGGAAGGCUCAGUGAGAUGCAAUGUCUAAUUAAGAUGAACUAUUUUUUGUAACUGGUUGCUUGCUUUUAUAUUUCAAAUGAUCUUUAUUUAAAAUGUGAAGACAAAAUCUACACCUGUGAACAAUCACUGUACUUCUGAAGGAGCUCGUUUAUCCUGUUAUAAAUCUGUAACAGUGUUUCUUUAUUAACCUGAGGGCAACUGUUUGUUAUUACAUUUAUAACUCUUUGCUAUCUCAAAUGAAGGUUGCUUUUGUUUCAAGACACUUUAAAUAAAAGUUAAAAAAGUUCAAGAGGGUAUUCUGAUUAAAUUAUCAGGCUUAUAGAGCUUUUUCUGUGGCUAUGUUUUGAAUGAUAAAGUUAUAAAAAAAAAACAUGAUGAUUAGCAGGAGAAAUGUAGGACUGCUUGUUGUGCUUUAUUAUUACAGUGACACAAAGUCAAAGAGGAUUUGUACUGUAGAUCCAGGAUUUGGGAGAAUAAUAUAUAUUUUUACUCUGCACUGAAUUAUUUAAUCUUCUUUUCAUACAUUUAGUCUCAAAGCACUGAUGUUUUUUUUUCCUAGCACAGAGAUAGUUGUUUUGUUUUGGUCACUUAAUGAAGGACAGACAAAUGAAUGACUGAGCGAUUGAGUGUGUGUGAUAAAAAGAGGAUAAUAAAUGAUUAUAGUAAAUGAUAUUAGGAGUGCUGCUUGACCAAAUAGAAUUUUUACAUUAUUAGAUGGUUUGUGUCUGAACUGUACAUUCCAUUCCUGGACUAUAUUUAAAUAAAGAAGUGUGUAAAAUGAUUGUUGAAUGUGUGUUGAAAACAUGUGAGACGAAAGGUCAGGGGAAUUAAGGCAUUUUUUCUUUAUCUUAUUAUCUGUCUAACUCCUUUUUGUCAAUGAUCUGACUGGUUCCAUCCCUUUAAAACUCUGCAGUCAGCCGAAUGAAUGGCCUUAUAGAUAAGUCAAUUUAGGAGUUGCAGAUAGAUGAACUCUGAAAUGUUGUCCUCCACAAAUGAGGAAGUGCACCUAUCUCAUCAUCAUGCAUGGGGAAAUAUGUUUGCCGGUAACGCAUUAACAGGAUUUGCUCAUUAUUAGUUGUAAUUCGACCUUUUUUUGAGUUUCUCUAAGCACAGAGGGACCAUGUGAACACUUUACAGCAAUCUGUAAAAUUAUCAAUUGACCCAAUGAAAUAUAAACAGAAUUUACACAAAGCAUGUACCAUCCAUUAAAUCAGCAGAACAGUUGUUUUAUCCAAACUAUCAUUUUAUGACUUGUGUCUAGGGGUCUGACUUAAUAGUGUGUACAGCUAAAGGUUGCUUCUUAACACAGUGAAGUCUGUCAAAAUACAUCUUAGAUUUAAUAAAAUAGUUCUUUUGUGUAACAAAAUACUAUAAUCUGAAAGAGAGUAUCAAAUCUACAAGGCCAAGUAGUCUGAAUUUUUAAAUAAGGACCAACGUUUGUGUUUUUCUUAGUGCAAUCUUACACAGAUUGUUUUUCAGGGGGUUUCCACCAUUGUUCUUUGUGUGAUUAUAUCUGCAUCACUAGGACUUGUGUUGUGGCUAUUUUGCAAUUAUUGGUCCUGCAGCCCAACCAAUUACAUUUGAUUCACCACACUCUAAGAAUGCAGUUUAACUACUUUAAGUGGUCAUAGGAUAUGAGUCUUUUGAAGCUUUCAUGAAGAUUUAGAGGAGUUGCGAGUUACUCUGGCAGAGAAUUCUUCUCUUAACUACAAAUAGUGAUGUCUUGUGACAGCGACAGUUUCUUUGCUAUUUACUAAGAACACAAUGUACAUUUUCGUGUAAUGCAGCCUAACAUGUUAAAAUGAUCUGAAGAGUACAUCCUCCCUCUCUGAUCAUGUUACUUGCCUCUAAAGAUUUUCAUCUUUAAUCAUUUUUAACUUUAGAAACAUGUUUUUUAGUGUCAGAGUACCCCAUUUUUGUGGUGGGAAAUAAAUAAGCCAAGUGAGGUUUGGAGGUCUCUGUGUACUUAUUUAACCUGUGACAUGACCCAGACACACUUUCUAGCAAAUUUGAAUAUUUAAGGAGUAAUCAAAAUAAUGUAUAAACUUUGCCCUCCCUGUCCUUAGAUGCGCUUUUUAUUUGCUUUAGUAAAAUAUCUUAAAGUAAAUCUGCA